AUGUCUCUGGAUCCUCCGAGACAAAUAGGAGUGUGGCGACAGACCAGAGCUCUUUUAUACAAGAACUGUCUAGUUAAAUGGAGGACUAAAAAGGCUAGUGUUCAGGUGAGUUGAUUUUUUUAUAUGCUGUUAUGAGUUUGGAGUGCCAAGCUGUGUGCCAGACCACUCCAAUCCCUGGAUCCAGAGAGUAUUAAAUUAAAUCAAGGCUUCUUAUUCUGCGAACAGAUAAACUAGCCUCCUGGUGAAGUGAUAGCCUGGGUGGUGAGCCGUUAAGGGGUUCAGUGAGAGAUGGCAAAUGGGUGGGGCCUCUUCCUUCAACAGACAAAGCCAGAGUUUGGAGUAUAGUUUUGGAGUGAUAUGACCUUGAAAUAAAGCAGCACGCUGGAGAAAGAGUAGGAAAUGUUCUAUUUCUGUUUGAAUCCAAGGCUUUGGCUAAGGGAGACAAAACAGAGCUGUGGAUAAGGGAGAAACAAGACACUUUUGGGGUAUUAAUGCUGUGAACAUCAUAGGCUCGGUUUAUAUAUGUGUGUAAAUAAACCAUAUAUCAUAAAAACAUCAUUCUCUUUUUCUUUCAAUUCUAAGAGUUGCUAAUAUGUUUUUAAACUAUUCAUAUCACAUGAUGCAGAAUUGCGAACCACUCUGAGGUUUUACUGUUGAGCAGUAUGUACAUUUUGUUACAUAUAUCUCAUUCAUCUUUACGUUUUGUAGUAAAUGCUGCUGCCCCUCCGCUCUGUUAUGUGUACCUAAGCUGGUUGUCUUCAUUGGGCCUGUGUGCAUAAAUGCAACUGUGGCUCUCUUGUUUCGUUUCUUCUUUUACCAUUUAACUUGUUUGUUCCCUAUAUACAGGAAGUCCUGAUUCCACUUACCUUUUUAGGUUUGCUAAUAAUAAUAAGCAUGAUUCAGCCUAACAAAAGGCAUGAUGAAGUUCCAGAUUGUAAUCUUGAUUCUACGAGUUGCUCCAGCAUCUCUGAGUUUAUUAUUGGCUACACACCAGUGACUAAUAUGACAAGAACAAUCAUGCAUAAAGUGACUUCAGAAUACUGCCCAGAAGGUACAAUGAGUUGUCAUUCUGCACUGUCUUUCAUCAAUUUGUCUGGUGUGGUUUUCCUUCUUCUUGAAUUUACUGGGGAAAGUAUGUGUCUUAUUGCAGAGAUACUAAAAGUUGAAACCGCUUGAGUUUGUUGCAUGUUUUUCUCAUACUAAACAUAGAAAGUAACAAAAAGGAUAUAAUGCUUUUUAAAACCUAAACAUAAUUAUGUAGCCAAAUAUUCACUUCCUUUACUACUACUAGAAAAUACAGUGGUGUGCUUUUAAAGCUCAGUUUCACAGUUGUCAUUUUGGCAUUUUAAAACAAUUUGUUUAUUUCUUAUUUGUACUGCGUUUAUAUAUUUUUAGUAUCAAUUCAUGAGCUGUGAGAACUUUCUAAGAUACUUUUUGUCUUAUCCAUUCUUGAUAUUUUAAUUAUUAGAGCCUUAGGUUGUAUUAGGCGUAUUGCUGGAUACUUGAAAGAAUUUGGGUAUAGGUUUGUGACACAAUUUGCAUAAUAUUUUCAAAUGUUAACAUUUUUAAGAAUGCUUUUAGAGCAGGAAAAGGUUGUGGCUCUUGCUGUCAGCUAUUGAUCUGAUCUAUGGGGCACUAGCAAUAUUUUCUUGGCCCAGCUCACUAUAUAUGUAUUCACACUCUUUCCACCUCACCCUCCAUAAGCAGAAUAGAGUUGGCCCUCUCUGUAGGUUGCUUCUAUGUGAAAGAUACGGGCUCUGCGAUGAUAUUGCCAGAUUUGGCAGUGCUUCAGUGGGUGAUACUUGCACCAUAUCUAGCAUAAAGUGCACAAUACAUGACUAAUGAACAGAAUUGAGCCACAAAGGAAAAUGGAAAAAAUCCUCCUAUUUUGGAAAUAAAAGAAAGCCAUGCUCAUCUACAGCAGGGAUGGGGAACCUGUGGCCCUCCAGAUGUUGAAUUACAGCUCUCAUUGGGGGAGGGCCUUAGCUUAGUGACAGAGUAUCUCCUUUGAUACAGACAGCCCUGGGUGCAAUUCUCAACAUCUUCAGGUAGGUGCAAGAGAGAUUCCUGCUUGAAAUCCUGAAUUCAUCAGUAUAAUCAUCAUUUAUUUAUGUGCUGUCUUUCCAUAGGAAGCCACACUCAAGGCAGCUAAAAAUAUAAAAAUAUGCAUAAUUUACUAAGUUACAAAAUACAACAAAAUGUAAACAGUCAAACAAUUAGCUAAUUAAAACACGUCACUAGGUAAUAUACUAAAAAUUAUAAUUCAUAAAAGGUCUAACAAACAAUAAAAUACAAAAACAGUCCCAAUAACAGUAUAAAAAAAACCCACACCUCUUGAAUUAAAUAUUUACCCCAACAAAAACAGCCUAUCUCCCUGAUAGUCUCUGGGGAUUCUGAGCAGCAUGUCUUUCUGGACUCAUGGCAAGGUGGAUCUCUGUCACCUUCAACAGUAAGAGUUUCUGUCGCUCCCCUGGUACCUUUAGCAGUAGUAGCUUUUGUAGCUGGAAUUGGUCAAAGCCAGCACAGAGAUCUCUGAACUAGAUGGACCCAGUGGUUUGACUGUAUUAGGCAGCUUCCUGCAAAAAAGUAAUCAAGUAACUUUGCUAUUUUGCAGCAGAAGAUGCAAAAGAAUUUCUGAGUGAGGCAGAAAUGGAAGAGGCUAGUCUUCAGGACCCAGAAAACUUUGUGGGUGUCAUUUUCAAUGAUUCCAUGUCCUAUCACCUCAGAUUUCCUACUGUAGUGGCUCCAAGAUCUUUAAUCCUCCCGACAUCAAUAGGUAAGUUUAAAUAAAUGAAUAUAUAAAAUAUGUGUGCUUGUUAAUUUUAAAGUACAAAACGUAGAUGUUUGACCUUGUCUUGAAAAUGGAGAUUCGAAAAAACAGUCAACAAUAAUAAUAGGAGAAAACUGCUUUAAUAGAAAUAGAUAUUUAGGAAUCCUUUCCACAUGCUUAUUUUAGGUCCUGUUUGCAAGCUUCCAGAUUUUCAAGAUACUUGCACAAUUGGCAUUACUCAUUAAAUAGAGAGCUCCUUAUUGUGUUACAAUUUCAGUCGUAGGAGUGGCUUGCAAUAGCAAGACUAUCUGCUACUACUUGUUUUGCCGAUUGUGUAUAGCUCUGCAUGGCUAUUUUAUUAAUUUCUGAGCAUCAGUAUCUUGAUCCUCUGCAUGAAUUGUAGGGCAAUCUAUCCAUGCUGGUAUGGUAUCUAGAAUGGUGGAGAUGAGUAAAUUCAUAAGUUUUUAGAAUCUGUAUGUAUAGUGCAGAAACCUAAUGUCAACGCAGUUUUGAUGCUUUUGAAUAAUUAACAGAGUUUAGAGUUUCCUUCUUAUGCUUUGAUUUUUUUUCCAUAGCCAGUUGUUCAACCCCUUCCAAAAUGUGUGAAGCUGAAACAUACUGGCAUUAUGGAUUUGCAGGCAUACAGAUCUACAUUGAUGCAGCAAUUAUAGAGGUAAAUAUAAAUAAUCGGAAUGUGAGCAGCUCUGAAUCACCAUUAUUUUGUAAUAGCUGACAUAUCAAAAGGUGUUAUGGGUGUGUCCCCCCCCCCUUGUAUUUCAGGAUAUUUUAUAUAAUGGUGUGCUUCGCACAUCAUGUUAGGCCAAAUCAGCAAUUGUGUGGGCUCCUGGAUUAAUGAUCAUAGCUGCUUUCAUGAUUUAGCUCUCCCCAGACAAACCAUGAACUGCAAUCAAGGCUGCUUCUGCGGUUUACAGCUCACGGCUUGUCUGGGAAAGCGAAACCACAAAUGCAGGUUUGGAUGACAUGCUAAGUCAGCAGCACAGUACAAAACAAUUAGGGAAGAGCAAAGCAGCUCUAAUCUCCUUUCUGAGAGGUUUGUUUGUUUGUUUUUGUUUGACUUAAUGUGAUGUGUGAACAAAUGCAAUGAGGUGCUUUCCCCUAAGCCUAAUGCAUGAUAGUAACUGUUCCGUUCGUCACUGAACGUUAAGUUUAGGCAGUGAUUUCCAUCAGGAUAUCUGUGUCAACCGUUAAUGGCAUAUAAUUUAUUCUGAGUGUUACCAUAUACAUUUAUGCAAAUGAAUACUGUAUAUAUACCCCUAAGGAACUAUGGCCAGUUAUGGAUCCCUGAGUAUAAAUAUAUGUGUUAAAAGCCAUGAUUUGAAUCUUGAGUUACCUUUCUGCAAAUGGAAGUAUUCAUUCUAUUCAAGGACGAAAUGGUGGGAGGAGGCAGUUUUUUUCUGAUUACCUCCUUUCGUAUGCAGCUCACCUUGCAUGUUGUUUUAGAGAGUUGUGGAAGCCUUCGGAGCAGAAUUGAGGGUGGGACAUGGGGGUUUUAUAGGCAGGGGAUAAUUAGUCAAAAUUGCCUCACCCCUCUUCUUCUGCCAGUGGGAGUACCCUCUGAGCGGAGUUCUACUCACAUGAAUUUGUAUUUGACACCCAUAUGUAUCCUUUCAUAGACACUGUAGCAAUUACCAAUAUGUAUCCAGCAAACACUACUUUGUAUUUUUUUCCUCACGAACCAAGUGAGAAAAAGUUUGUGAGAGUCACCACUAAAAUUUUAUUUAUGAAAUUUCAUAAACCACUAUUUAAGCACGGCACAUACAUUUAUCAAGAAAACUCUGUUAAAAUUCACAAAGUUGUCAAGUACCGUGGUACCUCGGUUUUCAGACGUAAUCGGUUUUGGAAGACAGUUCGAGAUCCGAAACGUUCAAAAACCAAAAACUCAUUACGGAAGCCUCAAUACGGAAGCCGCAUGGCAUGUUCAACUUCCAAGGUGAGUUCAAAAACCAAAGCAUUUACUUCUGGGUUAAUGACGUUUGAAAACCGAAAUGUUUGUCAAUGGAGAUGUUCGAAAGCUGAGGUACCACUGUAUACAUAAAAUAAUAAUCAGUAAAACUUUUAAAAACAAAUAUCGAUACUUAAAUUAUAUGUCUAAGUAGGCUUGCUGAAAUAAGUUUUCAGCCGGCAUUUAUAUGAAGUGAAAGUGCCUGCCUAAUGCCACUUGGAAGGGAAUUUGGAAGUAUAGGUGCUGCCAGACCUAAAAGACUGCUUCACUACACUGGGCUACUAGAUCCAGCAAUUGCAUCCUGCCACACUGAUAUUCUAGAACUCUGAGAAAUGAAGAUUUCCAGUUCAUGAAUAUCUGGGUAAUAAUUAAUGCUGCAGAAUUUAUGUGGCCACUCUUUCAUAUAGUAAAAUAAUUUGGUACUGAUUUUUUAAAAAGGGAUUUUGACAUAUUGAACUGGUAUCCUGGAUGUACAGUAGGGGGGAAAGUAUUUGAUCCCCUGCUAAAUUUGCCCAUUUGCCCUCUGAUGAAGAAAUGACCAGUGCAUAAUUUUAAUGGUAGGUUUAUUGUAGCUGUGAGAGACAGAAUAAACUGUAAUUUAUAAAGAUUGCCAUACCCACUUUUGAAAAAUGUGAACUUGGUGAAAGCAGAACAUGGCAAACUCUGGGCACUCACUAUACCUUGUAACCAAGAUGCUGUUGUGAAGGAUCCCUUUUGAGUUUCAUGGCAGUAAGUUAAAUUUGGUAUAAAAACUAGUUAAAGCAAUGAGAUUGGUAUUUGCAGAUUUACAGUUUCUUUUGGAAAUAAAAAAUGCCUGUUGAAAUAGCUGCUACAGUAAUUUGAAAUCUGAUUUUAACAUUUCAUUUUUCUUAGUUGAAGACUAAUAAAUCAGUUUUGGAAGAACUGGAAUCAGCAAAAGCUGUCAAGAUGGGAAAGUCUGCUGUUGUGGAAAUAGAUAAUUUCUUUCGUGCAGUAAUCUUAAUUUACUUAGUUAUUGCCUUUUCUCCUUUUGGCUAUUUUUUGACUAUUCAUAUUAUGACAGAAAAAGAGAAGAAACUGAAGGAAUUUUUAAUGGUAAUGGGACUUCAAGACACAGCUUUUUGGUAUGCAUAUUUCUUAGUUCUUUUAUGUUAAUGCAACUUUUAUUCCAUUUAUUUAUCUCAUAUCACUGCAUUAUGCUACUCCAGGAAGAAGCAGCACAUAAUAAGUUAAGCCAAUUUAAGAAAGUUCAUAAAAGGAAAGUUUCCUAUGCCUUCCUCCUCUGCUGCAGCCAUCUGAGACUUGGUACUGGUUUACAAAGCCCUGUUAUAACAGCUUGGGACCAGGAUACCUGAAAGAUCAUCUUGUCUCUGUGGCUGUACUCUGCACUUGUAUUUUUAUUGUUAAAUCACUUUGGGAUGUUUUAUGUGAAGUGAUUCGCAAGUGUGUGUGUAUGUGUGUGUGUAUGUAUGCAAGCAAGCAAGCAAGCUUCUCCAGAGGACCAGAGGUCUCUCCAGAAUGCUGCAGUGCUCCAGAACAUGUUGUACCUGUUGAGGGAAAGGAGAAUCACUAAAAAUUAGAAACCCUCCAUCAACCCUCCAUCAACAUUGUUUAGGAGGACACCCCCCAACGUUGCAGUUGUUCAGCAGAAUCUCUGAACUGGAUCUUGCAUAGAGUUGAAUUUUCUCCACCACAAUUAUGAGUUUAAAGCUUUCCUGUGGAACAGUCUUAAAUACUAGUUGCAAUAAGAUAAAUGUUACGAAAUAACAAAGUAACACAUUACAAACAAACAAUGGGGUUCAGUCCUUUAUACUUUCCCCUCUCUGGUCCCAGAGAGAGAACCUGAAUUUACUCAUCUUUGCAUAGCUUCUCUGCAACUCUUCUGAUGAUGAUACUGCUGCUAUCAAACACCAACAAACUCACAUACAGGCUGAAGUUUCAGCUUCCUGCUGUGAAUUUCUGGUAAUGAGGUAGCUUAUCUUACUGAACUGGAAAAAUGCCAGCCUUUUCUGUUGCUUUUGCAGCAUUUUCAAUGUAGCGCAUUCAAACGCAGCAUGUUAUGUGCUUUUAAACUUAUAACUUUAACACCCUACACCCCCCCCAACCCCUCUGGAAAGGUUACAGGAGUAAGGAAGGCACAGUGUUUUUUUCUUCUAUGGACAGUUUCUCUAUGUGAACAUCUUUGGUUAAUUUAAGUGGUCCCAUUUGUGUGCUAACUUUAACCUUAAGACAGUGAGCCAAGCUGCAUGUGAUAUGCAUUAUAUGAUCAAGGAAAUAGGCAUAUAGAAGACUUUGGGGAAAUGAUUUCCCCAUUUUAGAUAUGGGAACACAAUGCCAAAGCCUGAGAAAUGGCAACACACAAAGCCGCCUCUCUGUCUCUGUCAUGCACCCAGAAGAGCUCAUACAGCCACACAUAAAAUAAAAACUGUGUUUCUGUCUCUCCCUAAGUAAUCAGAUGUUAAGGGACAAUGGGGUGGGGAUGCUGUUGCCCUCAUGCCUGUCUUACAAGCUGCGUGGAACAUUUGCUUGGCUAUUCUUGUGAAAAGAAUGCAGAUCUAAAUGGGAAAAGUCAAUAUGUCCAAUGAGUAGAAGACAGAGGUCAGCUUUGAGCCCCAAAAGGUCAAACACCUCCUUUCAGUUAAUAUUUGUUGUUGCAACACAGCAUAUUUUUGCAUUACAAUUCCCAUUAUAGAAUUUGCAUGCGUAGGCUACUUAUACAGAUAUUAAUAAGAGUGUAGGGCCCAAAGUAUUUUUCCAGAUAUCAUGCGUAAACUAUUGAGACUGUGUCUUGCUUCUGAGCAGAUAUGCAGACGCUCAUUCUUCAAUCUACAGGUAUUUUCUGUGCUGUUACUGUUGGUGAUCUUCUCUAUAUUAUCUGUCAUUCAACUGCACACUUUUAAGCCUUCAUUUCAUCCCUACUCUCCAUUUCAGUUUGUCUCCAUUUAUUUCCUCUAGUUUAUUUCUCUUCUCCAUAGCCAAAUCAAUUUCAUUUCUCUUCUCUAAUUUUCUGUUCAAUUUUAUUUCAUUCCCAUUCAUUCUUUCUUGUAGCCAAGUUUAUGAAAACCCCUCUUUCUGCAGUUUAUUUGUUUGAGAUUACCACAUGAUUAAAAAAUACCUAUUAUAAAAUAUUGCUGCUGUAAUAAAACACUUGUGGAAUGAACACCACUCUCAGGGGUGUCAUUCACCAACAUUGUGCAUUUACUUCUUGUCAAAAUUUCAACAAUCUUUUUGCGCAAGGUUUUGAGACAAGUUAGAUAGAAUGUCAAUUAUACCAGCUGUUUUAUUCAUUCUCUGCUGCCAUGAAAAGCUUGAGUGAUUUAUUAAAAUAGACAAUAUCCAUUUUGCCAGGUAACAUCAUUGUGUGAAGUGCAUGGUAUAUUAGGAAUGGAAAUAGAACUACAUGCAACUAGAAUAUAUGGGUGAGCACUCCCAAGAUCACCUUGGAUUAAAUUGGAAGUGAUCCAGGGCUGGCCCAAGACAUUUUAGCACCUGAGGCGAACCACAAAAUGGCUCUCCCUCACCAGAGGAGAAGAGAGGAAUGGAAAUCUACUUCAGGAACAAGGGGGAGGGGAAUAAAAUCAAUCUUUCUCAGUGGUUAAAUUGGGAGUCAAAGGGGCCAACUUUGAAUCGCCAAGAAGCUGCUGUGGAAGCAGCAUGGGAGGGGCUGCCGAGGAGGCAACAGAUUCAGCCUCUAAGGAGCACAUUGCAGCCAUCACUGCCACCAUGGCAGCAGCAGUAGCAAUGGGCAAUGCAUUCCUUGGAGGCCAGAUCUGCUGCCCUUGUGGAUUCUGCCACCCGAGGCAGUCACCUCACUUUGCCUCACGGGUGAGUUGGCCCUAUCUAAGCCCUUCCAAAACCCUUGGAUCACUUUUCUGAGCCAAUUCAAAGCUGGCAAAAUGAUGGACCUCCUCCCAGCUUGUGAGGUCUGCAGGGACAAGUCCUGCUUACUCUUCACUUUUGGCCCUGCCAACUCUUAAUCUCCGGCAGACCUCACAAGAUGGGAGGACCUCCAUCAUUUUGUCCUCAAGUCAUAUGUAUCGCUUGUACCCCAGUGAUAUCUAAAUGAUUCCUUCCCAGAGAAGCCUUUCACUGGCAGCAGACAAUACAUGUACCACUUGUUUAUUUCAGUGGAAAUGUUCACAUAAGCUCUAAGCCUAACAUUAACUAGUUAUUUUCUUCCCAUGUGCAACCUACCCGACAAAAAAUUACUUUUCUUGGUUUGUGGCUUACUAUGUACAUUGCAAAUAUUUUAGAUGAAUGUGAAAUAAUUCAUCUUGUCAUGCUUACUGCGAUUCAUUAAUUUCAGGCAAGGGUCCAUUUGAGAGUUAUCACUUUUUAAUAGUAUUGACUAAUAUUUAGCUUCAACUUAGUAAUUCGUAUAGAUAACUUUGAAUUCAUGAGCCUUCAUUGUGUUUUCCCUUUUUCUAGGCUUUCUUGGGUCUUGCUCUACACCAGUCUGAUUCUUGUCAUGUCCCUUCUCAUGUCGGUUAUUGCAACAUUUUCUUCGCUCUUUCCCCAAAGUAGCAGCUUUGUGAUAUUUCUUCUUUUUUUCCUAUAUGGAUUAUCCUCCGUAAGUGUGUAUGUAUGUGUGCUUGCUCAUUGCCAAUAUGCUGAAGCUACGUGUUUUAGGAUUGUCCUUCCUGUUGACAUAGAGGUAUCCUAUGAUGGUGUUUCACAGGUACUCACUAAUUUAGGGAUAAUCCCAGGGGCGUUAAGGGAAGAUGCUAUGGAUUUCCACCAGAAUAAUGUUACUUCUAACCAGAUAAAAUGUAGCAGGUCUAACAGACACAACUACAGCCUCCGUGGCAAUUCUGCCACCCCACCAAUUGCAACACUGAAUGCUGAUAGCUUCCCCAUAUUAGCCAUCCAUGGAAGGAUCUGGUCAACAAGAGUGAUGGCAGAAGGAGCCCAUCAUGUCACCCUAGCUAGAACACAUAUAAAAUAUAACCCAGCAGCCCCAAAGUCACCACAACACUGUUCCCAGUAUAGACCACUAUGGUUUAGUGAGCAGGAGCAUAAUAGCUGAUAUGUACAGUGAAACCCUUCAGGGAUCGCUUCUUAUUGAGAAGGGUUAUAAAUCCCCCUAAUAGUGCUACACAGGCAGUCUGCAAACAAGCAUCUUUUGACAGACAAGCACACAAAGUCAUUCAAGGAAGGACCGGCUACUCCGCAAUGCCUGCAUGGAGGACCCAUGGAUUCCCAAGAAGGUUUAAGCUGAAUUGGACAACAAUGCUCCCCCAAAAAUACAGAUUUUGGGAUGAGCAAGCUAUUUGGAAAGGACAGGAACAUAACACAUAAGGAAGAGCAAGGACCUCAACAGGCUGCUCCUGGAGGCCAUUUCUAGGACCUGCUUUUUAACGCAGCAGAAAUGAGCUAUGCAGUAUGUAGCGGGAGAGAGCAGGACCCAACUAUAUAAACCAGGACUAAGGGAAUUCUUAAAGAACCCAGCGCAAGUUUAGUAUGCAUGGGGUCUCACAUGGGUACAGUCUCUCUCUAAAAGGACUGGAAGACGGCUUACCUGAGGCAAAGCAAUGUGACAGCCAAUUGAAAAAGGUGAUGUGUGGACCUUGUGGAACCCAUAGAGCCAAUGGUUUGUCACUCUUGCUCAGCCCCCUUUAUUCCAUCCUGUCUAUUUCUGCCUUUAGUGCUGUGUUCUGCCUUCUUUGCUCCAUCUGACCUGGCAAGGAAGAGGGCCUAUACUAGGCAUCGUUGGAGUCGAGUGCUCCACUUCUCAGUCUCAAAGGUAGCUGUGCUUCUCAUUGCCUCUGCUGGUAUGCGUUGAGGUCCCACCUUCAUGGCAAACAUCCCCUCUUCCUGCAGAGCGUGUAUGUACCCUGAGUUGGAGACAAUAUUGGUUGCUGUUGAAGGAGGAAAGAUUAUUGGGAGUUUAUACUGUCCAUAUUGUAGCAGCAGGUGAGGAUUGGACAAAAAUGGGAAAGAUCUAGAGAAGUAAGGUUUCAGGCAUGGAUUCCUGCCUUUCCCCCCACCCUCUGGGCUUCCAUUUAACUGUGUGUGGUGCCCAAUGAUAGCAAUGGAAGUUAUUGUGUAUUAUCUGGGAUCCUGAGAGACAGGGUACUUGCAAGAAUUCUGAAAAGAUACACAUGAUCACAACCUUUUUAACUUUGCACAAACAGUAAACAUACAGGGCUAAUAACAAAGAGGUUUUUUAUCAUAGUUUCCAGAGUUGUUCUGUGAUUUAAGUUCUCCAGACACAUGCACAGAGUAGUGUCACUUACCUAGUUGUCCGAACUGUGUGGUCCCUGUCUGAGUCUUAUAUACUGCUGGUGGUGUGUCAUGAUUGCCUGCAAAAUUUGUUGAAUUCCUCUCCUCGUGUAGUGCAGAAGGCAGUAACGUUGAAGUGUCCAUUUACUGCAGCAGGAAUGCAACCUCUUUUGUUCUAAUGUUACGCCACAAUCAGGAUUAACAUUUUAGUCAGAACAGGAUUCCACUCCUUCUGUAGCAUGUUAUGCCAGCACAGUCAUGGCGCUGUGGUCUAAACCACUGAGCCUCUUGGGCUUGCCGAUCGGAAGGUUGGUGGUUUGAAUCCGUGCAGCGGGAUGAGCUCCUGUUGCUCAGUCCCAGCUCCUGCCAACCUAGCAGUUCAAAAGCACGCCAGUGCAAGUAGAUGGGAAGCAGAUGGGAAGUCAGGGCAGGACUAUUAACAUUGGUGUCGUGUGUGGGCAGUAGUCUGUUCCCAUCGCCAGUCUAUCUACAGCAUUCUGCACAAGGGUGACCCUACAUAAAGAAUGUUGUUUCUGAUUUAUCUGUGUUUCUCGGGACCAAGCUGCAUGUGACAGGGUUGCCACCCAUCUACCUGUCUGCCAUUUUUGUUCAGAUGCCAAGUGCAGGGAGAUGAGUGAAACUUGCCAUCACCUUCACUGUGCUUUGUUUCAUUAAGCAGUCUUCUUCCAGCUCAUCUUUGAUACUGGAACAAUUGGGUAGAAGAAUUGAGCUGGGUAGAAUUGCUUGAAGCAAUGGAAUGUGGUGCUGGUGGGAGUUGGGGAGAACAGACUGUAUUUCUUUUCAUGUAGUCCUCUUUCCCACCAUGACAUGUGAAUGUGCCUAAGACCCUUAUGAUUGCCCCAUCUCGGUUAUUUAGACCAAUUUGUCCAUUCCUAUUUCAGUCCAUGUGUCUUUUGCAUGUAUUCACUUAUAUGCCCAUUCUGUCCCAUUUCUGUACUAAUUUACUUUCUUUUUAAAAAGUUUGCACAAUUUGCAUAUAAAUAAGUGUUAUUGAAUGUAUUUUAUCUCAAAAUGUUAAAACUUUUUUGGGAUAAGCGCUGUGUUGCAACAUUCAGAGAAGUGAUUAAAAUAGCAAUGGUCUGUUCCACACAUUAGUCCAGGAGUUUUGGAUUAGGUCAAUUCAUAUUGGAAUUUGUAAAGUUCAGAUUUCUCAAGCGUACCUAUGCUUAGUUUGGCCCAAAGUCUUCUGGCUCCUAACAUUUAAUGUAUGGAAUCAUCUAUUUAUAGCAAGAAGAGAAGGUGACCUGUGGGUACUGAUUUUGCACUUAUUCCGAAUUUAUGAAUAUAGCAUAUGUAAAUGGACUGUAUAUUCAAGGGCCUUUAAAGUCAAAUUCUGAUCUUGCUCUCUGUUCUGCACAAUCUGCCCAUUAUUUACAUGAAAGGUUUCUAUAGGCUGCAUAUUGUACAAUCAGGCCUCUACUAUAAUGUGUAUAGUGCGUACAUUUGGAUGAAGUUUAGUGGAAAGACUGCUCCUGUGGGCUGGCAUCUUUACCAUCAACCAGUCCCUGAAUCUAUCUGCGAUUCCUUCUGCCCCUUGAGAAUAUGCUGAUUGGGUUGAGAACAAUACCCCCCCCCGGGAAAUAAUAACAUAUUGUUUAUACGGAUUUUAAUUUUAAACUUCUUUGGGAACCAAUCUUGGCCAGAAAAUGGGAUAUAAAUGUUGAGUUCUGCUUAUGGGACAUCUCAUUCAUAGAAGGGCAUGGCAGGUGACUCAGAAGGCUGUCGUGGGAAGGGAGAAUUGGGAAAGUUUCCUCCCAUCCCACUUCCAUGAGCAGCAGCUUCUGCAGCACGUCCUUUCAUGGAAUCAAAGCAAAAUACAUAAUUGCUUAACUUCGAAAACCUCAUUAAAUGUAAGAGCUGCACUCUGAUUUGAAUUGCAUCUUGGCCAUUCACUGUCUUUCUGAACCUUGAAUCUGAAUUGGAACUGAUCAUUUUUGAAAAGGUGACCUGUUUUAUUGCAAAAGAAUAAUUCCUUAAAAAUCACAUUAUAUUUUGUUAAUGCGCUCCUUGCUACCUUAGAUUUCCCAUUCUGAUUUCAUAACCAAUUUGGGAAAUUUUGAUGUUGCAGUUUGCCAAAGGAGAUAGUACUCUUAGGAAGAAAAUCCUCAGCCUGUUAGCCAGCUGAUGUCGUUCAUUAGCAUAUUAUAUUGUCUUUAGCAAAUACUAAGUGAUACAAUAAUUAUGAUUUUCAUAUAAAAAUUGAGAUUCUAGCAAUUUUAAUCAAGUCCUAUUGUGCACUGAAAAUACGUUUUCUAUUUCUGUUUAGAUUUCCUUUGCAUUUUUGCUAACCUCUCUUUUCAAAAAAGUGAACUAUGCUGGUUCAGCUCAGUUUUUCACAACUGUGGCUUUUGGUGCUGUGGGCCUGAGCAUUGCCCUGUUGGAAGAUUUUCCAAAGUCUUUUGUGUGGUCACUAAGCCCACUGUGUGAGUGCCCCUUUUUAAUUGGUGUUGUACAGGUUAGUAAAGUAUUUGUUUGUUACUGUGGCAUGCACCCAUCACUGUGGUUCUAAUAUGAGAUGUGAUAAUACUUUAAAUCUUUCAUCUUGGUAUAAAGUAUGUAACAGACCUAGAACUUGCUUUGAACUUUUUAUAUAUGUGUUUCUUGUUGUUUUCUAAUCCGUUAUUAAGUAGACAUUUUAACCGAUGAGAAAAAUCAACUGUAGUAAGUAACACAUUUGUCAGAAGUUCAAAGAACACUGUGUGUUGCAGACUUUUUAUGUUAAAUUUUGCAGCUUCCUGUCAUGAAUGUGUAGUUUUCAGUGUAUCACAAGCAGACUUUUGCUAGCAUAGCAGGAGAUCACCUUACGGUCUCUGCCUCUGCAGUCUCCCGUGCACCUCAAAAAAAUUUUCUCUAGAGGCUCCCCCAACUCUCUGGAGCAGAUUUUGAGGAUGCAGGGUGGGAAAAAGGAAGGUAGAAGAAGAGGAGUUUGGAUUUGAUAUCCCGCUUUAUCACUACCCUAAGGAGUCUCAAAGCGGCUAACAUUCUCCUUUCCCUUCCUCCCCAAAAACAAACACUCUGCGAGGUGAGUGGGGCUGAGAGACUUCAGGGAAGUGUGACUAGCCCAAGGUCACCCAGCAGCUGCAUGUGGAGGAGCGGGGACAUGAAUCCAGUUCACCAGAUCACGAGUCCACCGCUCUUAACCACUACACCACACUGGCUCUGUAGUGGAAUCCCAUUGUAUGAGCAGAAGUCAGCUUUAAAGCCACCGAGUUUUUCUUCUGGGUCAGAUAUUAAUCCAAACUUUAGAAGAACACCUUCCCACUCCCAUCCACCAGCUAUGGUGGUAACAAUGAACUUACCUCCCCACUUCUUUUUCUCUUCCGCUUUCCCUGGUGUCUGGAAUGCUGCCACAAUAGCAUUGCAUGUCUCUGAAACCCUGAUGUUGGUUUGGGCAUUUUGUAGAUGGAGGAAAUUCUGCUUCCUGGGGAUCCAGGAAAGGGAAGAUCUGGAAGAGAGGGAGAGGAGAAUGGUUGGGAGAGACAGACAGAUGCAUUCAACCUUCCCUCCUGCUGCUGUGGCCACAACUGCCCUAAAGGUGGAGGCGAGAGAAAAAUCUCACUGCUCAACAGUCUUUGCUGCCUUACCAACCAUGAAAUAUAGAGGGUUGAGUACUCACAGGGGAUCAGCAGUUAAUAAUGAAUUGAGGACUGGGGUGGGAGGGGGGAUAGCUUGAAUGUUCUCCACUUUAGCUCAUAAUUGCCCAAAUGAGGAACUUGGCCCAUCACCGCUACUUAUGAUGGCAACUUGAUGAUCAUCAUCAAGGUUUAUAUAGUGUUACAUUAUUUACCUUACUAUUUUAGUAAACUAAUGCUGUCACGUAGCUGCAGUUUUUAUAUGUGUUUGCAGGUGAUGCAUCUGGAAGAUUAUGAAGAAGGAGCUAUUUUCUCACAUAUAACUCAUGGCCCUUAUCCACUAAUUAUUGCUUAUACGCUAUUGACCCUUGAUAGUAUGCUUUACCUACUCCUAGGGAUUUAUUUCGAUCAAGUGAUUCCAGGUAUGUUAGAAUCAAAUAAAAAUACAAAAAAACCUGAACAACUUCAAGGGUUUGGUUACGUAUUAAGUAUUGUGACGCAUAUUAUAUGUGGUGAAAUACUGAUUUUAAGUGUAUCAUCAUCCUUACUGAAAUUGUGCCCAUACUAGAAAUCUUCAUUCUCAACCUUUUUAAAUUCAUUCUAAUCAUUUGGGAGAUAUGUCGUAGAACCAAAAUGCCUGGAUAUGUUAUGACCUCUGGGCACUAUCGAAAUUGCCAGUUCAUAUACAAUGUAUGUGAUUUACAAUCCCCACUGGGAUUAAUGCAGACUGGAACCUGUUAAUCAUAUACCCCAAACUACCCAAUCUAUUAGUUCUAUUUCAUAAUUCUGGUAUAUAUGUUUCUGGUCUACUAAUAAAUAAUAGUAAAUCACCCAUAUAUCUGUCUGUGCUUAAUAAAACCAUCCUGAUCUGAAUGGACAAUUAUUAUUAUCACCACUGGCUGAACUCUAUUUGACAAAAUCACUUUUAGUAUCUUCUGUGUUAAUUAAAGAAAUUUGCCUAUUAUUUGCAUACAUGGUCUACUAUUCCUAAGCGUGGUACAAGUCAUGCAUCUACACAUCAUAAACUGAAGUUGACAGGGUGCCUAAGCAUUUUGAUAAAUACAGAAAAGCUUAGAGGUCAGAAAGUUUGAAUGUGCCUUUUACCAUUCUAUGCUGUUGCUCUAAUACUCCUGUAGGAUUCAGAAAUGGCCGUUAAUCGUGGGCAUUUUAAAUGCAAAACUUUUAUAUCCCAAACCUCCUUAGAUUUGGAGCCAAGGAAUAAACAGAAAUAAAUAGCACAUCCAUAUAAAAUUAAAGCAGAAUUUCAACUUGCGCAUAGUGUGUAUGUAUGUCUGUGGCACCAAAGAUGUAUUUGUAAUUUAUGCUAAAAAUUACAUGCCAGUCUGUAGUACUGGAAGAUUUCCUGGGUUACAAAAUAAGGGAUAUAGUCUAAAAAUUAGCAAACUAUAAACAGAAAACAGUCCAAACAUGUAAUUAUACUGUGUAAUCCAUAUGUUUACAGAUUCUUUCUCAUCUUUUUUUACCCCUCAGGGGAAUAUGGAUUGCGGCGAAGCUUUUUCUUCUUCCUAAAGCCCUCAUUUUGGGUAAAGCGAACAAGAAAUUAUAAGGAAUUGUAUGAAAGCAGCAUUAAUGGAAGCUUAGAAUUCAAUGAGAUUGUUGAGCCUAUAUCUUCCGAAUUCCAGGGAAGAGAAGCUAUUAGGUAUGACGGAUGAUGCUGAAGUUUAACUUGAACCUAUUGUCAGUUAUUAAUUGUUUUUGCACUUAGAAAGAAACUGGCUGCGUUUGCAUGAAACGAUAAAGAACCUUGGCUUAAUAAAUAAUUUUGUGUACAAGCAGCAUGCACACACUUUCCGAUUGCUGCAAGCAAAUCAGCUCAGCCUGACAUUUGAAUGCAGGAGUGUUGUUCUUUUCUCCCUAACAAGCAAUUCUUGGUAGGCAGCCUUAAAUCAGGCUUGCUGUUGGCUUUCAAAUUCUGGUUCAUUAGUGAUAAGCAAACCACACUCCUAGGUCACAUGAAGGAAGGAGGAAAGAGUUGAGUAAUCCUCUGCAUGUACAUUAUGGUUUAUUAAGCCAGGGUUCUUGGCUUAACAUUGCAAGCAAACAUGGCUGCUGCAUGAAGUAUGCAUGCAGUGAUAAUUAAUUUGUCAGUUUUAUUAUGCACACUCAAGUAAGAGGAGCAAUGUGAUAGUUUUCAUAUGCAAAUAUGGUUUGUCCUGUGAUGUGAUACUUCUGUCAUUGAUUAUUGGCAAAGGAAAAAAAGUCCAUAUUGAGAAAAGACAGUGUUAAUCAGUUUUGGUUCUAUCAAAACAUACAUUGUAGACCAGUACAUGUGCAAGUGAUCUGAAGCUCCAUGUAUUACUUAAGAUGCAAAUGUUGCAUGUUGCACGUACUAAUAUUUCUUUCCUGAUAAGAGUCAACAAGGGAGUCACUGCAUGUACAAAUCUCUGUUGCAUGUUGACUAGUCAGUUUGCAAUUGAGGCAAGGAAGGUCAUUUUGCUAUGCACUCAAAGUACUAUGUCUUUGCGUAGGAACCAGCUUAGUUGCAAUCAGAAGUGAGGCAUAUUCAAUCCAAUUAACCUUGGGUGCCAUUUACCCAUAUUUUCCUUAGUUUGACAGGAAGCCAAAUAGCAAAAAGUGGUUUUUGUGGUUUAGAAAUGUUCCAUUUCAUCUUUUUCACUGUAUUCUGUGGUUCAGACUCCUCCUCAUUGCAUUCAUUUCUCAAAAUGUUUUACGAGAGAUCAAAGUCUGAAAGAAAUCAUAGUCAAAUUAUAUGUUCAGGAAAAGUAUGUGGUACUUUCUUUCUGGGAAGGGGUUAUGGCAUAGUUUCCCAGGAGCAUUGUACUACUUUUGAAUAUGAAGAUCACCUUGCAUUGUAAACCAAAACAGGAAUAUUCAAGCUAAUAUAAAUAUGUGGUACCUGCAUAUUCUUUGAUUUUAUCUUGCUUGGUAAAUUUUUACCAAAGUUCUGUGUUUCUUUUUUAAAAUAAAUUUAUCUUUUCUUCUUUCAGAAUCAAUAAUGUCCAGAAAUCAUAUAUUAAAAAGGGUGAAACUGUGGAGGCCCUGAAAAGUAAGACUUCUUAGGUUUUCAGCUAUCUGCCACAAGUGUGAGUCCUUGUUCUUUAAGUGUUGCCUGUUCGUUGUUUUCUGACAGUGACUAUUUGCAUGUCAUGCUAAACCGUGGUUGAGCACAACAUGCACUAGCAGAAAUGAGUUUCAGCAAGACUUGGGCUUGCGCACUUCCUUCUUUUCUUCCCAUAUGCCUGGCAAGGUGAGUCCAGAAGAUUUUGCUUUACCGAAAUCACAUCUUAACCAUGGUUUAGCAUGGUGUGAUCAAGGAGAAGUAAGCUGCACCAAAUCUUAGGAUUGUGCACUCCUAUUCAAACUGGGUUUCUUACUUCCAAACUGCUCUUGACCAAGCCAGUGGAGGAAAGGGGAGCACAUGAGGCCAAGGCUCAAUGCAAACAUGGCCAAUGGGAGCAAUGGUAUAGUAUGUGGGUGAGUUUCUCUUUACUGACUACUCAUCUGUAAUCAGUAAAUAUCUCAAUAAGGAAACUUCAGUCAAAACAAACUUAAUCUGUACACAACUGUGUGUUUGGCUUUAUUAAAUAUUAAAUGUUCUGUUAAUGGUGGGGUUUUUCUUAAGAGUAAAAAUUGAUAGUGUACUCUAUGUAGCAGUGGCUAAAUACUUCCUGAAGCUUGUAGCAAUACUAUAUAAUGCCAUUAAUUAAUCCCCUUCCUUUUUCAUUUCUUAUUAGGUUUAUCCUUUGACAUUUAUGAGGGUCAGAUCACAGCAUUACUUGGACAUAGUGGAACAGGAAAAACAACAUUAAUGAACAUUCUUUGUGGAUUGUCCCCACCUUCUGAUGGUAAAUAUGUGCCUACUUCUGUUCUCUUUGCAUUUGUCUUAAAGAGCGUAAAUGGAAGAAAUCCCCUGGAAACCUAUUUUGUGGUUUUUGUUUUGAAAUAUGUAACCCUUGGGAUGGGCUUAAUGUAGGUUCUGACUCAAGACCCUACUCAGGAAACCUGGGACAGUUGAAUGUUUGAAUAGAAGCCUUCUCUCAACACACACACACACAAAUAUGUGCAGGCAGUGCUAUUUAUUCAAAUAAUAGUGGAUCAACAAGAGAUUAACAAUGUAGGGAGCAAUACAAAAAUAUAUUUUAGUCUAGUUCAUUCCACUGUCUCUCAGGGUCCAUCUAUGCCAAAGGAAGUUUGUGCCCUUUGGUCUUACUCAUGGUCAGUUAAGGGAUUCGGCCCAUAGAUGCAGAAUUUGAGAGCAUCACAAUACUGUACAGUCAUACCUUGGUUUUCGAAUUUAAUCCGUUCCGGGAGUCCAUUCGACUCGUGGAACAGUUCAAAAACCAAGGCGCUGGACGUUCAGCUUCCAAAAAUUGUUCGAAAACCGGAACAAUCACAUCUGGUUUUCAAUCGUUUGGGAGCAAAAACAUUCAAGUUCAAAGGUGUUCGGCUUCCGAGGUUCCACUGUAAUGAAAUCCAACUAGCAGGUCACAGCAGAAAGGCUGCAGUGCAGUGGCAGCUGAGGUGUGCUGCAAUAAAGAACUACAGCAGAUGGUGGCACCAAGGCUUCUGUGGCUCCACAGCUGCAAACCAAUAGUAAAGGUUAAUUCAUCCAGUAAAGCUUAGCAAUUCCUCAUUUCAAGCAGUGUGCAGGAGAACAGUUCAGCUCUCUUCCAAAAGCUUCCCCCUCUCUUUGAUCCAGUAUGUGAUCCCUGCUUUCCAGAGGUUACUUUUGGGGCAUCCAGCAUCACUCUUAUUGAGGGUAGCUAGCUGACAAGAAGGCACAAAUGGUCUUCAUUAACAAGUCAUUCAUUAACUUAUUCCAACUUUUACAAUAAAACAUAGAGGGCAGCUCUAGCCAACAUGCAAAUGAUUGUGGCAUGCUGAAUUUGGACACUGUGUUUUCUCUGCACUUUCUGCUUCCAACUAUUUAGUGGCAUGCAUUCUUUUCUCUACAGAUUUACAAAUCAGUUCCAAGAGCUGUACUGUUCCUAAUGUUUUCUGAUUUGUGUGUGUUGAUGGUAGUGCAUAAUAUUUUUUAUCGCUUUUAUUUUAAAAUCAAAUCAGCGAUGUUAGACACCUUGACUUUUGGGGGUGUUCUGCCUCAGGUUUGAGCUAGCUGCCUCUAGAUAUAUGUUCUACGCUGGUAGCCAUCACAGUUGUUAACAUUUUUGCUCUUGCUUUUCAUGCAUUAGGAUUUGCAUCGAUUUAUGGCUGUAGAGUUUCGGAAAUAGAUGAAAUGCUAGAUAUAAGAAAGGUAAUUGGAGUCUGCCAGCAGUCAGAUAUAUAUUUUGAUGUAUUAACCGUGGAAGAGAAUUUAUCAAUAAUAGCUUCGGUUAAAGGAAUACCUCCCAAUGAUAUGAUACAAGAGGUGAGUGCAGGCUAAUGACCAUAUUCCAUUAUGCUUUCAUAAAUAUAUUCCAUUAUACUACCAUAAUGUCUGCAAGCCAUCUUGAGCCUUAAGGAUAGGGCAUUUAACAUGAAAUACUUCUUGUCCUUGGUUUAAGGUCCAGAAAGUUUUACUCGAUUUGGAUAUGCACCCCAUUAAAGAUAACCAAGCUAAAAAACUAAGUGGAGGACAGAAAAGAAAACUGUCGGUUGGAUUUGCAGUUCUUGGAGAUCCAAAGGUAAGCACCAGAAGGUCAAAACGGUUGAUUGAUGCAGCAAUAAUAUGUAAUUUCUUUACAAGAAAUGUGUUUCUCUGCACUGCUUGUAUGGUAAAGUAGUAGAUAUAUAGAAUCAGUUACAUGGCAUAUUUAUUAUGCAGAUUUGUGCACCCAUUCUAGUAGUUGUUGAAACUAGAGAUAGAAGCAUCUGACUGUCUUAUAGUGGCAUCUCACAAAGUUAAAUGAAUCCAGAAGGGUGCAGAUUUCAGUGUGAACCACAGGUCUAGUCUGCAAAUUGGUUAAGGGGUAUCUGUCUUCAAAUCCUAGUUUGUUGGGUAGCUAUUCCAGCUGUAGUUGAAAUGGAUCAAGGUAGUCCCUUCCUGUUCAGUUCUGACAACGUGCUUGCCCAUCUCUCAGUAACAACCAUGCCAGAAAUGUGGACAGGGCCACUGGGACAAUCUAGCAAGAAAUCUUUGAGCCAGAUGCUUGCCUUGCUGGAGCUGUAUUUCCAACUGUAUGUCAAGUGUUGUUGUGGAAUGGGGAUGUUUUAUCAGAGUUAACCACCUAUAUUUACCUGCGUGCAUUUUUUUUAAACCUCUGUACUACUACAUUUGAUUGGUCAUAAUAUGGCUUUGUGCAUUUGCCAUAUAGUCCUCAACUUCCAGUUACCAGCAUUGAGGUUGUUGGUUUAAAUUUCCUCAUUGUUACUGAUCAGAGCCAGUUUAGCAGCUGCAUAUGUAUUUAAGUCAUAUUUAAGCUGCGUAUUUAUUUCAGGCAAUCCUACAUAACACGAGGGCUGGAGGCCUAUUACAUCCCCUCCCUCUGAGUGUUUGAAGCCUCCUAGGAUAAUUCCAAGCACAGUUGUUUGCAGCUCUCUUCCCACUACUUUGUGAAAGCAUCUUAGGCACUUUUAUACAUAACACCAGACGGUGUGGGCUAGGGCUUCUGAUCGUCUUUUCCUACAUCAACAUGGCUAUGCUGAAAUGGCUUCCAGAAUAACAUAAGAAAUGAGCUAACGAUCCAUUCACAGUCCAUCAGAAGUGGUGAUAGCACUGAAGAAUGGCUAUGUCACUACAUCUACAUUGCUCUUGGAAUGGUGCCAACAUUUCUCAUCCAAAUUUCUCCCCAGAGUUUUUGCAGUUCUUUACUAAUGGAAAGGUUAAUGAGAAUAAUGCCAGAAUCUCUGAUGUUGUUUGAUUUGUACUUCUGGACUGUGUUUCUUUUGGUAGGAAUGGAUUUGUCGUAAUUAUUAUAAGGGGUGGGUGUGGGCAUGUGGGUGUAUGAGACUUCUCAGUUUGCAGGAGCUGAAAAGGAUGUGUUUCAUGAAGCAGAGUGUUUUAAAAAUUAUUUUAUUUUUAGUAUAUUCCCAAACUACUGGCAGGCAGACUGAGACCAUGAAAUAAAAACUUACAAUAACAGGAGACAAUGUGCUUGAGGAAACAGUAGGGUUGCCAUAUUUCAAAAAGUAAUAAUCCAGACACAAAAGUUGUUGAGCUUUUUUCUUGGGAUCUUAUCUGGUCAAACUGUUCACAUAUCUGAUAGAAGUGAUGAUAAUGAUAAACGAUAUUAUUGAUAAGGGAUAACUGUUACUUUCAAAAUGAAUAGCUAGUCCAUUGUUUUCCAUGACCAAUAUUUAGGUAUUACUCUUAGAUGAACCAACCGCUGGCAUGGAUCCAUGUUCACGGCAAACAGUUUGGAACCUCCUGAAAAAUGGAAAAUCCACUCGAGUGACUGUGUUCAGUACCCAUUUCAUGGAAGAAGCAGACAUUGUUGCUGGCAAGUGCAAUUUGGGCACCUUUGUGUUAGUACCAGUUUGGUAAUAUGGCCAGCUUGUCGCUGUAUGAACUGAUAUAACUGAAGGUACUUUCUGUUCUUGCUUCUAGAUCGGAAAGCUGUGAUUUCUCAAGGAAUGCUGAAAUGCCUUGGCUCCUCUCUGUUCCUUAAAACAAAAUGGGGAAUUGGCUACCGCUUGAGGUAUCUGUAGUCUGAAAGUCUAUUUCAAUGUGUUCAUUAUUUUCCACUUUGCCUGAAUUUUACAACUGAUUUAAAAAACACCCAGUUUGGUUAGCUGGAAGUAUAAUAGCAAUGAGUAAACCUGGUAAAUAUGAACACUAGUUGGUUUAUACUGCCUUAUUUUCUUUCUUAAUUAUCACUACAAAGCAACUGUCACAAGGUUAUAAAAAAGCAUUUCACAGAACAAUUCUAUGUCUAUCCACUCAGAGUUCCCACUAAAUUUAAUACCACCUACUCCCAGGUAAGUGAGUACAGGAUUGCAUUCUGAAUAAAAUAUUAAAUAAUAAUUGGAUCAAGCAGGCUUAUACCUGCUAGAAAUUUCAGUAACAUCCACAAAGUACUGAAUGGAAAUAUGAUUGAGUGUAUCAAGUAGAGUUGCCCCCAAACGCCAAAACCCCCGCAAUUUUUUUAUUGACUUGCUUAAUAUCAGGCAUGAAGAAACAGGGGGUCCAGUUUGGACUGCCAAGCCAUUUCCCCCAAACAUUGCCAACCUGUCCAUCAGCUACUAUCAUUGGUGAUGUCAGCGGGUUGGCUGGACCUUCUUGGAAAGCCAUCUCUUCAGCCUCUGAAAAGGAUCAGUGUACGGUGGGCCUUCCAAGAAGAAAAAAGAGUCUGCUACCUUUUUGCUGCUGGAGAGCAGCAGCAAAAGUGGGAGAGAGAAAAUGCUGCAAAGAGCACUCAGUCUCCACUCUCCUAUGCUCAGUCAGGAGCGUGGAUAUUAAUUUAAAGCAGCCAUUCUUUGCAGUAGUUUCCCUCCCCCUUUAAAGUUUGCUGGAGGAACUGCAGCAAGGAGCACUGCAAGCAGAAGGGAUUUUGACAAGUGGGCUGGGCAACCCAUUUGUCAAUCACAUUAUGUCAUAGGGAGAUGUGAUUGACAACUAGAUUGGCCCACCCAUCUGUCAGAGUCAGCCUGCUGAAAAGAACUGGCCCUUAGAAACAAAAAAGGCCCACCUCUGGAAUAUAGCUCAAAUGUUUUUAUGAUUUAUCUGUUAGAGUUUUAGAUAAUUUAUGAAUAAAGGUAAAGGUAAAGUAUUAUGAAUACUUAUAUGUAAAUUUUGUUUUUCAUUUGGAUUAAGAAAAUAAAGUUUAUAUGUUAAAUUGGUUUACAAUAUGUUAUUUUUGUUACUUAAAAAACAAACAGACCAUAGAGUCCCACCUUGUAAAUAAUAAUUAAACAUUGUGUGUGUUUGUUUUUCCUUAGUAUGCAAAUAGACAGGUACUGUAACACGGAAGGCACAGCAUUUUUGAUCAAGCAGCAUAUCCCUGGAGCCAGUUUGUUAAAGCAGACUGAAGAGCAGCUUGUGUAUGCCUUACCUUUUAACGACAUGGACAAAUUUUCAGGUACACCUCAUCUCCCCUUUGAACACUAGUGAAAAUUGGAGAGCAGAUGAGGAAAAUAAUGAAAUUCAUGGAAAACUAAAUUGAAAUGGACUUCAAGAGAAAUAACAUAGGUUUUGGGCCUGUUAUGCAAGGAAAAGAGAUGGUAUUUAUUGUGAAAGGGGUCAAAACACCCCAAACUAUGUUGUUUGGUUUGUGUUUUGUUUUUUGUAAUCUGCCUUCCUUCCUUGGCAAGCUUUUAAUAAAAAUUAUAGAGUAGCAAGACAGUUCCCAGAAAACAACAAAAAACCCUCAAUUUCAGACACAUUUUUGACACUCUGAUAAAUGAAGGAAAACAUUCACCUUUUGUUUCAUGUGACUUUGAACUGUUACGCUAUAUGCAAUCGUUAAACAAUAGUGGCACCAAAGGCUUUUUUGUUGUUACACUCAACGGCAAACAGAAAUAAGGCAACAUGAUUGCAAGAAAUGUAAUAGCUAUAAAGCUCAGUGGGAGAGAAUAAACUUUGCAUGCAGAAAUCUCUGGCACCACCAGGUAUGUCUGGGAAAGACUUGUGUCUGAAGCCCUGGAGACCCACUGUCAUCGUAGACCAGCAGACAGACAUAAUACACCCAUCCAGAUACCUAAUUUGGCACUCAAGGCAGGCUAUUUUUCUCUAAACCACUCUCGCCUGUUCCACCCCUCAUGCCAUAUAUGAUAUGCAGUCAUAGAAUCGUAGUGUGUGUGGAGGGGUGUCAUCUAAUUCAAUCCCUUACAGUGCAAGAGUCAUAGCUUAAGGAAUCCCUGACAGAUGGCCAUCCAACUUCUGUUAAAAAAAUUCCAGUGAAGGAGAGUCCGCCCACCUCCGGAAAUAGUCAAUUCUACUGUCAAACAGCUCUUGCCAUCAGAAAGUUAUUCCUAAUGUUUAGUCAAAGUCUCCUUGAACAUCUUUGAGGGAAGGUAAAGAUGCAACUCCCUGCUGAAAUUGUUUGCAGGCACUUGCAAAGCCCAGUUUGUUUGCCUGCAUGGUUUGAUUACAUCACGGUGAUGUCAGGUGAUUGACCCGUCAGCAAUCCCAUCCAUCAGCAAUGCAUCCAAUCCCUGCUGUAGGUAGGGAUUGAUCAAUGGUAUAAGACAGCUUCCUAUAUUUCUAUUUCCAAGCAGUAGCUCGGCAGUGGCUGCUGCUGUUGCUACUAUUACCACAUCUAUUCCUGCUUCUUCUUCUUCUAGCACUGUUUGCUGAUCUAGACAUGCAUUCCCAUUUGGGUGUUAUUUCUUACGGCGUUUCCAUGACUACCUUGGAGGAUGUGUUCCUCAAGCUGGAAGUUGAAGCUGAAAUUAACCACACAGGUGAGAAUCAAUGACAGUACUUCCUGUAGUACAUUACAGAACAAUGAUUUGGUGGCGGAGGAUAAAUUCUAAGUUGCCUAACCUGUUACCCUCCUUAGAUUUCAGUGCAUUUAACUCGGAGCAAGCUGAAGAUGAAAUGGAUGCAAAAUCUAUGGAUGAGUUAGAGCAAAGCCUGCUAAUGUUAUCUGAGACAAAAUCGUGUGUACUAAGCAAUAAGUCUCUUUGGAAAAAACAGGUCUCUACUCUGGCAAAAGUUCAUUUUCUUAAUUUCAAACGUGACAUCAAAUCACUCACGGAAGUGUAAGCAUCUUGGCUUUCUGUUUCUUAGUCCAAAAUGUAUGAGAGUCAGAAACGGAAAUAGGUUAAAAGGUUAAAACAGACCGCAGCCCAGAGUAAAGACUGCAUCUCAGAUUGGCGCCUUGUGUUGCAGCACCUGAUAGGGAAAUAGUGAGUACAGCAUGUGUGUGUGUGGAGGAAUUGCUAUUGAGUCUCUUCGUUGCUUCCUAUGCUGCACACAUGUAAGCAGCACGCUGCAUCAUUGUGGAGAGUGGAAGGUCUGUGUAGUUUUCCCUUAUCUCUUAGUGCAAGUUAAAUUUGGGACUCAAAUAGCUGUUGUUGUUGUUGUUUAGUCAUUUAGUCGUGUCCGACUCUUCGUGACCCCAUGGACCAGAGCACGCCAGGCACUCCUGUCUUCCACUGCCUCCCGCAGUUUGGUCAAACUCAUGCUGGUAGUUUUGAGAACACUGUCCAACCAUCUCGUCCUCUGUCGUCCCCUUCUCCUUGUGCCCUCAAUCUUUCCCAAAUAGCUCAAUUUUUUCUCAAAUAGCUAGCAUCCAGAAAAGAGAGAGAGAGAGCGUACAUAUGUUCAUGCAUGCUUGAGAAACACAAGGGAGAUGUAUGCAUGCCUUCUAAUCCCUAUAAUGUUCUAGUGUGCCAAGGAGAAGCCUGGAGAUAGUUGGGGCUUAAGUGUGUUCAUUCAGCCUUAUUAUAUUAGAUUAUUUCUGCCCCACCUCACCUUUGCCAGCAAUAUCUGUGCGAAUACUUAAUGCGCUUCAAGAGGGCAGCUUGCCACAUCCUGAAAAAAUGUUUGAAAAGAAGUUCCAGUGAGGAAGUGGUAAAUUUCAAUCUGUGCACAUUAUUUACAAGGAUAGAGGUGUUUGAAAAGAAAUUGCAUCAUCAAACAUCACAUUUGGCUGCAAGUUUUCUUACCUAAGGCUUACACAUGAACUUCAGGAAACUUUUCUGUCUUAUGUUUUAACGAUCCAAAAGAGAAGGAGCCCACGGAAGGAAAAUAAGUGAUUGCAUUCAUGUCAUGCUCCAAGAGGGACAGAUUGCUAUUGCUUGAGACUGGGGGCUUAUCCACAUUUACCUUUCCUCUCUUUCAAGGCAUGAUCUGUGCGUUAAAGCUGCAGGUCUGAGCACCGUUUUUGUUUUUAAUCCUCUGGAGCUUUCCCCACGCAAACCUGCUCUUUAAAGCUCCAUUGGAGCAAGCGUCAAUGUGUGGAAAACUCAACUUGACAUUGGCUCUGCUUGAGCACUAAAUAAUGGGUUUUCAUGGGGAAAGCUCUAGGACAAAAUAAAAAAUAAAACACAAGCACAGACCUGUGCCUCAAAAGAGCAGGGAAAAGGUAAGUGUGGAUAAGCCCUCUGACUAUAAUGCUAGUUUUUCAAUAACACUCCCUGCCCCUUAACCUUUCUGAACUUUUUAAAUACCACACAAGGUGCCUUAGAUAUCAUACUCAAGGACUGCUGUCUCAGUGUAGCUGUUUACAGGCUUGCACUUUUCGUAUGUGGAUGAGUGAAAUAAUUAUUUAAUGACUUGUCAUCCAGAGCAGGGAUUGCAGCCAAUUUUACCAGUGGAUACAGUUUUAAGGGUAUUCUUCCAGAGAAUGCUUGAGCCGGUCAACCUGGUUCUGAUCUAGCAAGAUCCUUUCCUUUGUUACUGCGAAAGAGUACAUGCUUGUCAUCCUCAAGUUAUUUUGAAUAUGUGUUUUGUAUUGAAUAAACUUAAGACAGAUUGGUGUUUCCAGUAAAACAAUGCAAAAUCACUUAGAGGUUUUACAAAAAUUAAAAAGCAUACAGAUUGUGUUAAAUUAAAUAAAGAAAUACUAUGGAUGAUGGCUAUUCAGUCUACCUCUGCUCUAAAGGUCACCAUUCUUUACACUAAUUUGUACCAGCUUUACAUGUACCUUUUUCUUGUUAUUUCAGGUUUUUGCUAUUAACAGUGUUCCUUGGUGUUGAGAUUUAUAUGUUCAAUAUGUAUCGGCAAUACUUCAAAAAUGCAGUGGUUCCUGUUAAGUUUUCUCCAGACUUAUACUUUCUUAAACCAAAUGAAACUCAUCAUAAAUACAAAAGCAGUCUCCUUGUUCAGAACUUCACUGGUAAGUUACUUUUCAAUUUAUUUGCUUUUAUUCAUUUCACCAUCUGGCAUUUCAUUAUUUUAUUUUAUUUUUACUGUAUGACAUACAGUAGGAAUAAAUUAAAAGUGUAAUUAAGUUUAACAGCAAUCAGUGUAAUGAAUGGUUAGCUUGAAGACAGGUAGAAAAAUCAGCCCUCUGGCAAGUCUGGUUUGAUUCCCCCACCCCAUUCAAUCACAAAUUGAAUUUAAAGAUAUGUUUCUAGAAUUGUAUCUGGCCAACUUCAUGGAACAGACUUUAAAUAGUUUGAUUUUUUACCAAAAAGCUGAAAGCUUUACAGCAGCAUCAGUUAGUGGGCAGGGUAUAAAUAUUUUAAAAUAGAUCAAUAAAAUAAGCAACAUUAUUUCAUAAUUAUAGUGAUUACAUGACAGCACAGUUCGUGUGUGUGUGUGUGUGUGAGAGAGAGAGAGAGAGAGAGAGAGAGAGAGAGAUAAUAUAUACACAUAUUGUCAGUGCUUCAAGAGUAUUGAUCUCCGUCAUGCACAAAGCAGACCCACUCAAAUAAUUAACUUUCAUUUAUUUCAAUGUGUUGGGUCUGAGUAUGACUUAAUUGGAAUUCACCCUAAAACUCUAUUUUGAUGUUUAUACGGGACUUCUGGAGAACAUGAGCCUUCUUGUUUGCUGCAAUACCAGUGCUAACUCUAAAUGUUCAAUAAUAAUAUGUAUCUUUGGCAUAGCAGGGAAUGGGGAAACUCUUUGCAUGCAAGGAAUCUUUGUGCCUGUGAGACUAACCUUUCAACUUUCUUUAUUGUCUCAACCUAGGAUCAGACAUUGAUGACAUCAUCAGCUCUCUUAUAAGCCAGUAUGUACACACAGAAAUAUUCAAUGGCAGUGAUUAUGUAUCAGUUGCUCCCCACAAUGGAGCAUUAAAUGUAUCUCAUGCAGGCAAGGUGAGAAGAAAUGCAGGUUAAAUAUAUUGGGUCUAUGUGGGCAUUGGUUCUGUUUGAUGGCAGGGAGUUGGGGUGCAAAAUGAAUUUUUCCCCCAAGUGGGAUAGGGGAGGCUUUGAAAUUUGAAGAGGGAACUCGACUUAGAAACAGGGCGGUAGGUCUUUUUCCUUUUUCCUCACUUUCAGCCUUGGUGGCAGCAGCAGUGGCAAGAUCAAAGCUCACAGAGUUUUCUUUAAUAGCUCACAUGUCAUUUCCUUUCUCCCAGACUGCCCUGGUGUUGUUCCAGCAGCACAUAAAGUGCUAGGGGGAAGGAACGGUGGCACUAGAGAUUUGUCGCUGAUUAUGCUCUUCUUCUUCUUCUUGUUGUUUUCAGAACUACAUCUUUACAGCUGCUUUUAACUGCACCAUGAAACACUCUUUACCAGUUAUGAUGAAUAUCAUUAGCAAUCUGUAUCUGCACAAUUUAAAUGUCACAGAAAACAUCCAUGUCUGGAGUAGUUCGUUCUUCCAAGUGAGUAAAUGCAAAGUCCAAAAAAAGUUCUUGUAAAAUGAAGUUGCAUUCCAAUUUGUGACAAGUUGGCCUUUGUGUACAUUGGAUUGCAUGACUUGUGAUCUCCAAAACCAAACACGUCUUAAUUGCCAUGUGUUGUGGUCUCCCAGGUAUUCCCUGUUUUGCAGCCCUAGUCAGGCUGCAAAACAGAUUUAUUUAUUAGUAUUAGUUUUCAAACUUUUAUUGUACUGUCUUUCAAAAGAAUUAAAAAUGCAAAAACCUUUAAACUAAAUAUAGCAAAAACAGACUGAUUUAUCAAACCACGGUUAGACACCCCCCCAAAAAAACCCUUAAAAUUAUAUUUCACCUUGGGUUUUUUUCCCUUUGUAUUCUAAUAUUGCAAUCUGUUAUUUUGCAGAAAAUUACUGACAGAGGUUUCAUAAUGGUGCUGGUUGUUCAAGCUUUGACAGUAGGAGUCACAAUAACUGGAUUGCCAUCAUAUUUUUCCAUGGACAAUGCAGAAAACCACAGGGUAACUUUGUAUUAGAACAUACUUUUUUUAAAAAAGCAAUGUGAAAUGUCCUAUACAUUGGUUCAACACAGUGAUUCCUCAGACCAAAUUCCUCAGAGGGAAUAUCAGGAGUCACCAUAGUUAUUCUCUUGCCACCUAUUUGGCAUCAUAACUUAUUUUAACUGAUUUCAUACAUUGUAGUGAAUCAAUUCAGGGCAGAUAUGGUUGUACGUAAAAGUGUUCAAAUAGAAUAAGGAAAUAGCAGCAAUAUUUAUAACUCCUCUGUUCAAUCGUGCGGGUUGCAAUUCGGCGCUUCUGCGCAGAUGCGACUGCCAAAACCCGGAAGUAACCAGUUCCAGUACUUCCGGGUUUUGGCAGUCCGUAACCUGAAAAAACAAAACCUGAAGCAUCUGUAACCAGAGAUAUGACUGUAGUAUUGUUCAGCUAAUUGAUACCAUGCUGUCAUAACUUGGGCUGGUUGUCAUGCUGCAUUCUAAAGAGCUUAUUUAUUGGGUUUGAUUAGCAGGAUAUUCUGGUUCAUAUUCAUUGCCACACUAGGACUCAGGUGGAAAUUGCAGAUCAUUCUAGUGAACUUUCAUUUUACCAAUCAUCAAGAGUCAUUUUGCUUUUUCUUCCUCAAACUACGCAUUUGCUACUACCACCCAAACUGUCCCAUUAUUCAGUCUCAGGGGAAAAAACCACACCUGCUCUCUUAAUUUUAAUGAUGUAACUAUGUUUCUUUUCUUUUUCUUUUCUAUGUGUCUUGUUUUUCUUUUUUUGCUCCAUGUAUGCCUGUGUUGACCAAACCUUAAGUUCAGAGAGUAAACACAAAUUUUAAAACUUCCAGCCAAACUUUCAUAUAUUCUCUGCAGAUGCUUACAUAACUGCUUGUUUCACUACUUACAAAGAAACUGGCAUAAAAGUAAUUAUUUAGAUGGAAGUGAUCCAAAAGCCUGUAUCUUCCUUACACACCAUGUUUCUUGUAGUAUAACACAACUCCCGAUAUAUUGUGGUGUUGUACACUGUUGAGAAGUCUUCUGCUAGCUUGCCCACAAAAAAUUAACAAACGUUUUCUCCUUUCACAAAUGGCUUUUUGGAUCCCAACCUCUGGCUCUCUGAAAACCACAGCUAUAGUAACUGCGGUUGCAACUUCUUUAUUCAUUACAUUUACUUGGGAGUAAACCACAUGGAAUUAUAUGGGAUUAACUUCAGAGUAGACAUCAGAGUCUAAAUGGGAGUAUAUAUUUUGGCUAAAUGCUGCUUAUCCUUUUUAAAAAAAAUAAUCUAAUUGCAUUUGACCUCAAUAUUCCUAACUAGGACUGUGCAGGCAAUGGCCUAUUGAUCCCAUGUUGUGCUGCCAGCCAUAUAGGAUGAAAAAGAAUAAAUAAAGCUUCUUAAUUCCAGUGUCUCUGGUUGGGAGGCUGCUGGCAUUACCUUUAUUUGUUGCUUUAAUAUUAUCUUCAGUGGCUGAUCUUGGGCUAGGUACUCACUGUUGUGCCCCACUGUAAAACAGGACUAAUGUCCUCUAGAUGAUAUAAAUGAAAUAUAGUACAUAUAUAUGUGUGUGUGUGUUAUGCAUUUGAUUUGCCUUGUAGCCUGUGGCUUGCCUCCCUGCUUUUGCCAGCUGGAGCCAUCUCCUUGCAUGCAUAUUAGUUCCUGCUUUCUCCUUGUGGCACGUUUGACUCUGGAUUGUGUUGGCCCUGCUAUUGUCUGCCAAACCACACUGCUGAGCUGCUGGACUCCGCCCCUAGCCCUACCCACUCCUGUACAGGAAUGUCCCUAUUUUCACCCAUGAAAUUUCGGGAGGUAAGUACUCCCUGGUGUGCAGGACUCUCUGCCAUUGCUGUACUUUUCUUUGAGCUGCUCCCUAGUUAAUUUUCUUAAUAGGAUAUGUUCUUCCUCCAUCUUGGUUCAUUUAUCAGUUAGGGGUGUUUGAGGUGUCUUGUAUCAAUUAAAUUAGAAGGACUCUUGAUGUAUGUUCCCAAUGCUUUUCUUCUAGAAAACCGUAUGUUCCAGCCCUACAGAUAAGCUACUGGCCGAAGGCUCAAUCACACUUCCAUUUGUCCACCACUUUCCUCCAGGAAAACCCACAGUUUAGCACCGAAUCAGAACAAAUAGCGAUCUGCAGAAAAUCUGGUUGCUGUUUGAUCUGAUUUAGUGCUGAAGAGUGGGUUUUCCUGGGGAAAGUGGCAAACCAAAGCCAAAGCUACUCAGACCCAUAUCUAUAAAGUACAAGAAGUGUGGGUGAGCCCAUAGAAUGUUUUGUACUGUAUUUUUUUUUUUUAAAUAGUUCAUUCCAGAUCAUAUUAUCAAAAGCAAAAGUACAAUUGCUGGAUUUCCUGCCAUUCCCCAUAUUUGACCUAGAUUUCAUUUAUUUUUUGCACCUUUGCAGAUCAAAGCCUAUACUCAACUUAAGUUAUCAGGUCUUUAUCCAUCUGCUUACUGGUGUGGGCAAGCACUAGUUGACAUUCUUUUAUAUUACAUAAUUCUCCUCCUGAUGGUUGGAAUCUUGUUCAUAGUUCACCAUGGAAUUAUUUUUUUCCCUGAAGAGGCUCUUGCUGUGGUAAGUUUUGUUUUCUUCCAGAUACUUUUAUCCGUUCCUUGCUCCCCUUAUUGGCGUCACCUCAACAACAGAAAUCCAGUAGAAUUCAGAAAAGAUUUCCCGAUGGCAGGAAGGAACUGUGUUGCCAUGGAAAACCCCACUGCACCUGUUGAAGGUGCGGGCAGGAAUUACUAAACUCCUGCUGGCAGGAAUACCUGGAACCUUGGAAGGGAAGAAUAGGGCCAGUGAUAGAGCCACUGGAUCAAAAAUCAGUCUGUUUCCCUUGGAGGAACCGAUCCGGGACUCUUUGCUGCACCAUCCACAAAGAAUAAAAAUUAACUGCCCAGGUAGGCAGGAGCUGGCAGAACUGCGGAUGUGAUGGCAAAUCUGCCAUUCUUCAGCCCUAGUAAAGAUUCUUCCCCACGGCACCAUUUUAUUUUAUUUAUUACAAAAGCAGAAUAACACUGUAUUCAACUUGGAGGUUCCCAAAGCAUCUUACAGAGUACAGCAAGCCACAAGCCACAUAAUUACUAAAAUCAACAGAGCGGCAAAGUGAACAUAAAGCAGAACUUGCCUGCGUAAUGGCAUUGCCUGCCAUUUUACAUGCUGCACUCACUGAAGUGUAUUUCAAACAUCCUGCAAUAAAUAAUGUCGUAUACUUAUGUUUUUCUGCUCUACUUUUAACCCAAAGAACCAUCAACCUUUUGGCUUUUAAAUUGGCAUAGGAGCAGGUGGUAACGCUGUAAAUGAGUACAGCACACUGCAGGUAGUGAAAAACUUUCAACAAUGUGCAAUAAUUAGGGGAGUCUUUGUAUUUCCUUUUGUGUUUUUGUAUUAAAAAUAUGACCCCUGAUUUCAUUUGCAAAACAUUGCAGGGUAAUAAUAAUAAUAAUAAUAAUAAUAAUAAUAAUAAUAUAAUAAUAAUAAUAAUAAUAAUAAUAAUAAUAAUAAUAAUAAUUUAUUUAUACCCCGCCCAUCUGGCUGGGUUUCCCCAGCCGCUCUGGGCAGCUUCCAACAAAACACUAAAAUACAAUAACCUAUUAAACAUUAAAAGCUUUCCUAAACAGGGCUGCCUUCAGAUGUCUUCUAAAAGUUUGGAAAGGUGACAGAUUGUAUUCUGUGUUCUUAAUCAUUUUGUUGUGUUUUCAUGUUAUGCAUAACUCAAAUUUAAUUUCCUCCCUGCAGGUUUUGUGCCUUAUUGGCUACGUUCCAUCGGUAAUUCUGUUUCAUUAUGUUGUCUCUUUCACCUUCAAAACAAUACAAAACACCAAAGAAUUUUGGUCAUUGAUUUUUUCAACAGUAAGUAAAAGUGCAGUACUUGAUACAUCUUUCCUAGUUAAUGCAAUUUAGUAUUUUGAUUGACUUAUAUUUAAGAAAUAAUUCUAUGUCUUUUUUUUCUCAUUUGGGUUGUAGCUCAGUCCUGCAAGUGCAUAGUUUGCUGUACAGCAUGUGCAUGCAGCAUGAAACCAAACUUUGCAGGAUUAAUUAUUUGUCUCUUAGGCACUAUUUACUGUUCCUUUUAUUCUGGAUAUUACUUUUUGCUUUCUUAGCAAAAGCAAUCUGUACAGCUGGUUUUUCAGUAGCCCACAUGCAAAUGAAUGCUACAACAUUUUUUAAAGAUGGAUAAAAAGAAAUCAAAUGGUGCUCUAAUUUUAUUGUAAUUAUCUUUAUUUCUUUUCCCUUUUCAGGUAGCCUUGAUUUGUGUUAUUGUUAUUGAUGUAGCUUUUAUUCAGUCGUACGCAAUAGCAAUUAUAAUUCACACGUGCUUUUCUAUCUUCAUCCCAAUAUAUCCUCUUAUUGGGUGUCUCAUUUCUCUAACAGAGGUAAGUUUGCAGUGAACUAAAACAGUGAUAAAUUUUGUCUGUAGUUUCAAAAGUCUGGUGUGCAGGAGGCAAUACAUUUGGUUAAAAUUUCAUUCCACAUCACUCACUACAUGACUUAAGACUAGUUAUGGGCAACCAUAGCUGGGCUCAGGAAACUGAACUAUUUUGAAAGUUGGAAAAUAGGUUAUUGUUAUUUCUGUUUUUUUAAUUUUUUUAAUAAUUUUUUAUUCAAUACAAGUUAAAAUACAUACAUAUUCACAACAAAAGAAAAUACAAAAGAGAAAAACAAAUACAUCUAUCCAAGGAAAAGGAAUUAAAGAAUAUUUUGUCUCUUUUCAUAUUUACAGUUAUUUAUACCUCUAUAAAAUGCUAUUCAUGAUAACAUAGUGAAAUGAAAUGUAAGAUAUCCGAAUAAAGAAAAAGGGAACAAAGAAAGAAUAAAAAAGUAAAAGAAAAGAUCAUAUAUGAAUUUUUUUUUAAAGUAGAUAAGCACUCACAAUACAUAGCCAUUUCCCAUCUAUAUUUACAUUCAAUUGUAUAAUUUCGUCUUGUCCUUAUCUACCUUAAAUAAAUUGUUUCUUUUGAAAGAAAAAAGAAAAAACAGAAAAAAGAAAAAAAGAAAAGAAAAAUAACGACUUCCACCGUUUACCUCACGCGUUUUUAAUAAUCCCUUUUUCAGAGCCUCUGUUCUUCAUAUUUUCCCUUUGGGUUUCCUUAAUGUCUCACUUUGUAUUUUUUAUAUUACGCACAAGAUUAUUCUAAACACAACCAGAUUUUUGUAGUUGAGCCCUGGUUUUGUAAAUAAUCAUUUAAACACUCCCAUUGCUUCAUAACCAUAGUUUUGGAUUUUCUCCUUAUUAUAUCUGUCAAUUUUGCUAAUUCCAGGUACUCGCAAAGUUUCCCCAACCAUUCUCUUUUUGUUGGGAUGCUUUCCUCUUUCCAAUAGUUAGCAAUCAAAAUUCUUGCCGCUGUUGUCGCUUAUAGAAAUAAGUUAAUUUUCUCUUUGGGGAUAUCUUUAUCUAAGAUUCCUAAUAAAUAUGCCUCUGCCUUUUUUUUAUGUGAUGUCCUUAUCAUUUUUUUUAUUUUGUCAUGGAUCAUAUCCCAAAAGAUUUUAAUCUUUGGGCAAGUCCACCACAUGUGAUAUAACGUACCUUUUGUUCUGUUACAUUUCCAACAUUUGUCGUUGUUCCUUUUAUUUAUUUUUGACAAUCUGUCAGGGGUUAGGUACCAUCUGUGGUGCAUUUUUCUGAAAUUCUCCCUUAAUAAAUCACAAGCAGUAAAAUUUAUAUUUUCCUCCCAAAAAGUUUUCCAUCUUUCCAGAUCUAUCUCAUAUCCCAAAUCGUGCUCCCAUUUUAACUUUCCCCUUUCAUCUCUUGUUCUAGGGUGGUUUUCGUUAAUAGUCUAUACAUUUUUGCAAGUAUUUUUUGAUCGCUCUGUAGUAUUUCCUUUUCUAAUUUUGAGGUUUUAUUUUCAAAUCCCCCCCUUUUUAUGUCUUUUUCAUAAGUUGCUUUUAAUUGAUAAUAUUGUAACCAAUUUAUUCUAAAUGUUUGUAAUUGUUCGUAAGUUUUUAAUUUAAUAUUUCCGUCUGCAUCCUCUAAUAUUUCCCUAUACGUUGGCCAAGUCUCUUUUACAUUACUCUUUAAUGUUGUAGUUGCUUCCACUGGCGAAACCCAUUGGGGAGUUUUCUCAAUAAUUUUUCCUUUUGUUCUUUCCCAUACAUCCAAUAGAGCCUUUCUUACUAUGUGGUUUGUAAUUUUUUCGUGUUGUUCUUUUUUAUCAUAGAAUAAGUAGCCGUGCCAUCCAUAUAUUUUAUCCCAGCCCUCUAAUGUUAGGACUUCAUUAUCUUUUAAUAAUAUCCAUUUUUUAUCCAUCACCAACACGCUGCCUCAAAAUACUUCCUUAAAUCUGGCACUGCGAAUCCUCCACUUUCUUUUGGGCCCAUCAUUACUUCUGAUUUUAUCCUUGCUUUUUCCCACUGCCAUAUAAAAUUUGCAAGGUCUCUUUGCCAGCUUAUAAAAUAUUUAGUUCCUAUUACAAUUGGAAUCGUUUGGAAUAAAAAUAGAAUUUUGGGGAGUAUCAUCAUUUUAAUCAUAGAUAUUCUUCCUCCUAAUGAUAGUUUUAAUUUUCCCCAUUUCUCCAUGCUUCCUUUAAUUUCUUUCCAUUUUUUUAAUAUAAUUAUCCUUAAAUAAAUUUGCAUUUUUAUUUGUAAUCCAUAUCCCUAAGUAGUUCACUUUAUUUUCUAUUUUUAGUCCUGUUAUUUCUUCUAAUUCCUUUUUUCCUUUCUCGCCUAUAUUUUUAGUUAUCAAUUUCAAUUUAUCUUUGUUCAAUUUGAAUCCUGCUACUUCACCAAAUUCUUUCAUUCUUUCCAAUGCUUUAUUUAUACUUUCUUUUGGUGUUUCAGUUGUAAUGAUCACAUCAUCUGCAAAUGCUCUUACUUUAUAACACUGUGUCCCAAGACAUAUGCCCUUUAUUUCUUCAUCCUUUCUCAGAGCUAUUAAUCGAGUUUCUAAUAUUGUUAUAAAUAGGAGUGGGGAUAAAGGACAUCCCUGUUGCGUCCCUCUCUCGAUGUCGAAUUCUUCUGUAAUUUCAUUGUUUAGAAUUAAUUUAGCUGUUUGUUUUUUGUAGAUUGCUUGAAUUCCAUUCAUGAAUCUUUUACCUAAAUUUAAGCUUUCACAUGUUUUGAUCAUAAAUUUCCAAGAGACACUGUCAAAUGCCUUUUCAGCGUCUACUGAAAGCAUUGAAAUUUCUUUACUUGGAUUCAUUUCGGCAUAUUCUAUUAAGUCUAUAAUUAUUCUAGGGUUGUCCUUUAUUUGUCUGGCUGGUAAAAAUCCUGCCUGAUCUUUUUUAAUUAUCCUUUUUAGCAGAGUUUUCAUUCUAUUUGCAAGGACUCCAGUAAAUAUUUUAUAGUCUAUAUUCAAUAAAGAUAUUGGCCUGUAGUUUUUUAUAAGUCUCAAAUCUGUACCUUGCUUUGGGAUAAGGGUUAUUAAUGCUUCUUGCCAUGAGUUAGGUAUUUCUCCUUUGUCUAAAAUUUCAUUCAUAAUUAAUUGCAAUUUUGGUAUUAUUAUUUCCUCUAAAUUUUUAUAAUAUGUUACUGAGAUUCCGUCUGGUCCAGGCGAUUUCCCCUCCUUCAUAUUUUUAAUCACUUUUUAAAUUUCUUCAAGUUCAAUAUUUGAAUUUAAUAUUGCAUAUUCUUCUUCUAUAUCUGGUAGUCUAUUUUCUGAUAGGUAUUUUUGAAUUUUCUUUUCCUCUUUUAAUUCUACUUUAUAUAAUUUUUUGUAAUAUUUUAUAAAACUUUCUUUAAUUUGUUUUGGGUCAAUGAUUUCCUUUUCUUCAUCAAUAAUUCUAUUUAUUACUCUUUCUACCUGUCUUUCUUUGAUAAACCAUGCCAGCAUCCUACCCGGUUUAUUUGCCUGUUCAAAAUAUCUUUGUUUCGUCCAUAUAAUUUUUUCUCUACUUCCCUAUUUAUUAAAUUUGAUAGGUGGGCUUGUAAAUUCUUUAUUUGUUGGAGGAUAUCUUCAUUCUUUGGGUUUUUCACUAGGUCUUUUUCUUUCUCUCUUAUUUGUUUAUUUAUUUCCAUAAUAUUAUUAUCUUUAUUUCUCCUUAUCUUUCCCAUUUGUUGUAUUACAAACCCUCUCAUAUAGGCUUUGCUCGCUUCCCAAAUCAUUUUUUUAUCCGUAUCCUAAUUUUCAUUUAUUUCAUAAAAUUCUUUCAAUAUUUCCUUUGCCCUUUUAACCCUUUGAUCAUCUCUCCAUACCUCCUCGUUCAUUCUCCACCUUCCCUUAGUAUGAUUUUGAAAUUUCAUUAUUACCGAUACCGGAUUAUGAUCUGAUAUCGAUCUGUUUAGUAUUUCUGCUUUUUCUAAACUUAACAUCAGCUUUUUUGUUAGCCAUAUUGCGUCGAUUCGUCCCCCAGAUUUUUUUGCCUCUGAGUAAUGGGUUAUAUCUUUAACACUUGGGUUUUUUGUUCUCCAGGCAUCAUAUAAAUUAAAAUUCUUAAUUAAAUGGAAAAAGGAGAGUGGUAAUCUACCUGAACUUGACGUUUUCUCUCUUUGCGUUCUGUCCAUUUCUAUCGAUGCUACUCCAUUAAAAUCUCCCAUAAUUACUAUAUUUUCAUCCACAUAAUCCCAUAAUCUCUCUUCAAAUUUUCUAUAAAAUUCAUCCUUUUUGUUAUUCGGAGCAUAUAUUCCCACCACUAUGAUUUUUCCUUCUUUCGUUUGUAUUUCUACCCCAAGUACUCUACCUUCAUCAUCUUGGAAUAACUUUUGGGAUUUCAACAUUGUAUUUACAUAGAUGACCACUCCCCUUUUUCUUUCCAUUCCAGAUGCUAUAUAUUCCUGUCCUAGUCUCGUAUUUUUUAACACCCUUACAUGAGUUUUGGGUAUAUGUGUUUCUUGUAUACAUAUGACAUCCCAUUUUUUCUUCUUUAAUAUACAUUCUAAUCGUUUCUCCGAAAUUUACUGCUUAAUCCAUUAAUAUUCCAUGAAAUACAUUUCAGUCUCAUAAUCCUUUAUUUGUUUAAAAUACUCACAACUUUACUGUUAUUAUGUAGUUAUACUCCAGAUUAUGCUAUUGUCCUAAGGUCACGUUGAAAAGGAAAUAAAAGUUUUGGUCUUGUCCUUCUUGCUUCACUCUACCAGUUUUUCUCCUCCCAAUUCCUCCCAGUACUUCCUCCAGAAGAUUUUUGUAUCUUCUACUGAUCUGAAGGAUCUCCUCCUGUCUUUAUAUGUAAAUGACAGUCCCUCUGGGAAUUCCCAUUUGAACCUUAUUUUGUUUUUCUUUAGCGUUGAUGUCAUGAAUCUAUAAUUGUCUCUCCGCCUCAACAGGCGUGUUGGGAUUUUUCUCAUAAAUUCUACCUGCCUCCCUUCUAUACAAAGUGGAUCUGUCCUGCCUUGUUGUUAUUUCUUGCAAACAACAACUGUUCAUAUAUAGCAUUUGAUAUAGCAAUCUGAUUUUAGGGGUAUUCCAAUAAAAGGGUAAUUCAGAUUGAAAUCCACUUUGUGUUGGGAUUCAAGGUGUGUGUGUGUGUGUCCUUCCAUCCAGCCCUGUUGGCCUCCAUCUGUAUUGGAAUUACUUAAGCUAUUUUCUUAUUUUGGUGGACGGGGGUGCAAUAGUUUGGUUUGUCAAACACAAUUCUGAUCAAACCAGCUAGUGUAUACCCUCUGCUAGUCAGCAGUAGGCUGGUCUUUACAAUACCAUGGAAUAUGAGAGGUGCCAUAUUUACUCAAAUGUAAUGCACACCAUUUCUGGCCAAAUUGCACUGUGAAAAUUAGGGUGUGUGUUAGAUUUGAUGGCAUAUUUGCAUUUGCUAGCAAAUGCUUUUUUGGUUUCAAGGUUUUGAAAUUUGAGGUGCACCUUAGAUUCGAUUGUGCAUUAGAUUUGCCUAAAUACGGUAUUAGAUGGCAGUACAAGAUAGAUGUUCUCAUUAGUGACUCCUGACUUUGGAAUGCCCUACCCUCUCAGAUGCAAGUUGUACCAGCACUGAUGGAGUUUCAACACCAGCCUAUUCAUUCAAGCAUUGUACCAAGUGUUGAGUUUCACCUUUUUGAUCUAGUUAUGUUAUGUUAACUAGUUAUCUAGUUAUUGCUUUUAUUUAAGUUGUAUUUAAAUGAAAUCUAUUGUUUUUCUUGUAUUUUGAUGCUCUCUUUGAAACAAGGAAAAGCAGGUUUGUUUGUUGUAAAAAUGUAUGCUUUUUGAUGAGCUUCCUGCAAAAAUCAGUCUGUGGAAGAAAUAAUUCAGAUAAAUUAAUUGUUUCAAAAAGCAUUGUAAAACCAUUUGAAAGCAUUUUCUAAAUGGUAAUAUUAUAUAAAUGAACUCAGAAUGACUUGUAGAAAUAUGAGGGGGGAAAUAUUGAAAUAAGCAUUUUCUGUAUUGUUAGGUAGCAGAGAAGCUUGGUCGAAAUAUGGAAAGAAAUACAGAAAGGCUAUUGGUUUCAACAAUAGCGGUAGGCACCAUAUUUUCCCUUGGCGUAGGAAUUUAAGAGAUGGGUUGUCUGGAUACACUUUUACAUGUAAUGAUAAGGUGUUAUUGUUUUUAUUUUAUUUCAUAAAAUGUAUAUAUUACUUGCAUGGAGAAAACCUCAAAGCGGUUUACAAAAAGGUGUGGGGCAGGUGAGCAUGGUUUGGAGAAAGCUGCCUCUUGUGUCAUAUUUGUUCCCCUGGCCGGUCAAGUUUGAUCCAUGGGCCAAAUGUUUUCCAUCACUGAUCUAUGGGGAAGACAUGCCAUAAUCAUGGUCAUUAAACUGAGCUUAAAGGGUUCUUUUAGAGUUAUUUUGCUAAAACAUAGAAGCAAGUGUAUGCUGGUGCAACUAGUCUUGCUUCUAACACUAGGUGAAGAUCAGCCAUUUUUGACGUACUCUUCCUGACCCUCCCACCACUGUGGCAUAUAAAUGAUAUUGAAGGAUGUAUAGCACAAGUUGGGUUGAGGCGUCCUACUAAUUGCUUAAAUAAAUACCCGUAUUUUUCGCUCUAUAAGACGCACCCGACCAUAAGAUGCACCUGGUUUUUAGAGGAGGAAAACAAGAAAAAAAAAAGAUUCUGAAUCAAAUGUUGUUGAGCAGGCUUUGCGCGGCUAUCGCUGAAGCCAGAACAGCAAGAGGGAUCACUGCGCAGCAAUCCCUCUUCCUGUUCUGGCUUCUGGGAUAGCUGCGCAGCCUGCAUUCGCUCCAUAAGGCGCACACACAUUUCCCCUUACUUUUUAGGAGGGGAAAACUGUGUCUUAUAAAGCGAAAAAUAUGGUAAAUAGUUGUGGAAACAACCGGCAGAUUGUUGCAGAAAGGGAAAUGUAAUGAAGGUCUUAAGAUGCUCCAUCACUCUAAUUGUAUUGUAUUAUAUAUUGCUUUGUGAUGCCUCACGUGAAGUGUGAUACAUAAAGUAAAUAAAUAAUAUUUUAUUUAUCUUUGUAUUUAUAUUCUACUUUUUCUUCAAAGAGUUCAAGGCUGCGUACACACUUACUCCCUCCCCCCCCCCUUUAUCCUCUCAACAACCCUGUGUGGUAGUUUAGGUUGAGAAGAAAUGACUGGCCCAAGGUCACCCAGUGAGCUUCAUGGCCAAGUGGAGAUUUGAACCCGGGUCUCCCAGGUCAUAGUCCCGCACUCUAACCACUACACCACACUGGCUCUAUCUUACAUUGUUUUGUGGGAAGAGAGUGGAGCAAUGUGCAAAGAGGGGGGAUGCAUCUAGGGUCCUUUGCAAAGGAGAAAAUCCAUUUUAUUUAAUGUGCUUAUUCCUUUCUUCUCUUUUAGCCCUACUUGCAAUGUGUCAUUUGGCUCUUCCUUCUACGCUAUCUUGAGGUGAAAUGUGGAGGCAGAUCAAUGAGAAAUGACCCAUUUUUCAGGUUGGUAUGCCUCUAUUUACGGUACUGAAAUUACUACACCAAGCCAGUGUUAGUCAGUAGUGAACUGCAACAAAGUAUACACAUUAAAAGUCUCUUGGUCCAUGGAGAAGUGACCACUUGCUGAUGUUUAGGGCUUAAGGGAGGGCUGGAGUUAUUACUUAGAUAGGCAAUACUUUUAGGGACGUUAGUGAAGCAAUUGGAGUCCAAGAGUUUGCCCUGGGAUCCUUGCAAUGCCACAGUUUAUUCUGUUCAUGAUCUAAGAGUUGUGCCCUUGACAUCCUUUCUGACACUACUUUAUUAGGCAAACUAAAAUAUCACAGAAUAGUGUGUAUGCUUUCCUAGUUAGUGGAUCAGACAAAUAUAUUGUAGCCAUCAGCACCAGAGAGUUUAUUUGAACUUUCUCCCAAGUCAAACACUUCAAUAUGCUUUAGAAUGAGAAGGAAAACAAAGCCUUCACACAGCUUCUCAGAACACCCACCCAUCGUCCAACCAUUUCUUUAGCUGACUGAAUAUGUGAUGAUUCUGGCAUGAAAGAGCAUUCUUCUUAUUGCUGCACAUAAGAAACUGAAUCAGGGAUAAAUGGGAUAUUAUCAGCGAUUGUAGCGUGAAUGCUGCCACCUUCUCAUUCACCCAAUCACUCUUUGAUCUAGCAAAAUAUCUCACUUGUCUAUUUUAGGUGUUUUUCUAGCCAAUUCUGUCACAAGGUCAUAUUGGACAGGGAAGUAUCAAUAUGGUUUCAUGUAGGUCUACCUGAUGGCAUUAUUUCUGUUAGUUAUCUGUUCAGAGGUCCCAAUGAGCAGAUUUUAAAUAUAUUUCCUUAACUUCAGAACUCCUGCGAAGCUGAAGGCCAGGAAAUCGCCAGAUGUGCCGUUUGACGAGGAUGAGGAUGAAGAUGUUGUGGCUGAGAGGUUGAGGGUUAAGGAGAUGACAACGAGCCAGAGCUGUGAGGAGGUAAAUCUUGCUCUUCAGUAUCAACCCUGUGAACCUACUGGCACCUGGUCGUAUUGUAAGACCUGUAUAAGGGGGGGGGGGGUGAUGUGCCUUACCUCUCUUAUAGUGAUAGUCUGUUUCAAAAAGCACAAUUUCCAAAUCACGAGUUAUGCACCUUGUUUAACUAACAAUCCCUGGUUAGCAGAAGACGUGCUAAGCUUAUGGGAACUGAAAGUAAAUGCCCAUGAAAUCCUUCUCCUGGCUGCACAGGUGAGCAUGUGAGGUUGAGGCUUUGCUCAGGCUUGUUUCAACUUAGGCCAGGUAUUCAACUUGCACGUAGCAAGAAAGCAUGGUUUAGUUUUCCAUGUGCAUUAUUAAUUAAGCUCUGUUAUCUUUUGUUUCACUAGAAACCGGCCAUUUUGGUCAGCAAUUUACAUAAAGAUUAUGAUGAAAGGACAGAUUUUCUUCUCGGAAGAAAAAUCAAGAAGGUGGCAACCAAUCAGGUCUUUUUUUGUGUAAAAAAAGGUUAGUUGUAAAAAUAAAUAAGUCAGGAAAAUAAAAUGCACCAUCUCAUUAAACAGAACUGCACAUUUUACGUGUUUGCCUUUUCUUUUUCCAGGAGAAAUUAUGGGACUGCUAGGCCCCAAUGGAGCUGGGAAGAGCACACUGAUUAAUAUGUUGGUGGGAGAAGUAGAACCAACCUCAGGCCAGGUAUUCAAGUGCAACCUGAAGCUGGUGUCCCCCUCUUCCAUCCAGAACAGGUUUCAUAGCUCAGGUUGUAGUCCUUUUUUUUCAGAGGGUAAAAAAUGUUAUUUCAUGCUGAGGAUCCAUACUCUUUUCUGGAUAUUUCUUUCCAGCUGGCAUGUAAAUACCUAAACCUCAGCUAGAUGCCCAAAGAAGAUUAUGCAAGAGUGGGGUGCCCAUUAUUGGAAAUGUGCAUGCAUAUGAAUUUUCAGUGCCUAACUCCUUUUUGGUUUCAUAGAUAAUCUCAGAACUAUGAACUGGGGGGGGGUGUCACAAGACCUACUAAAAUACAUGGUUGAGAGUUGUGAAGAGACUCAUGUUUGCUUUGCUUCUAAAGCUAACACUUUUAGAGGGGGUACAAUGGGUUUUCUGUUCAUAUGAUAUAUGGCUUAGAUUCAGAAAUAGGCACUGGGAUGUUGUGACUACCCAUAGGAAGGCUAUAUCCCAGAUGGCUCCUGGUAUAUAAAAGAGUGAUCAUGUAGUAAAACCAAACCUGAGCAUUUCUUGUCAUUUUUUUAAAAAUUUAACUUUCCAUACAAUCAACUUUUCUGCAUGUUAACUGCAAACUAUAUGUAAAAAUAUUGAAUAAGGACUGGUAUAUUCACAGGUGCUGAUGGGAGAUCAUUCUUUAGGCGAAAAUAACAAGGAUAGCUCCAUGAGAUUUAUGGGAUACUGUCCACAGACAAAUCCACUUUGGCCUGAUAUUACAUUGCAGGAACAUUUUGAAAUUUAUGGUGCUAUCAAAGGAAUGAGUGAAAGUAACAUGAAAGAAUUCAUAAAAUGGUAAAUAUAUAUUUUAAACACUUUGUUUACAUUCAGAGAAGUUUCUUCUCUCUUACUUUGGUAUAAUGUCUCCCUGAAAAUGGUUGUUAGCUUCAACUUAAAAACCACACCACACAGAUUCUUGUAGAUACACAGAUAUAUCUAAGACCUAAAUUUGCAUCAUUUUAUUUUUAGGCUGAUGAAAGCUGUAGUUCAGAUUCUGCUUUCUGUUAUGUAUCAAAAUCUUCUGUGCUAGUUUGAAAGGUAAUUUGUAGUCAACAGUCUAAGUUACAGACAAGAUUGUCAGGUUGCAAGACUCUUCUGGUCACAUCUCUUAAAACACCAUUAAAAAAACACUUAAGCUACCUGUGGCAUACAUCUUGAUUAUUUCUGUAGGGAAGAUCAAUCCAGUUAGAACCACAAAUAGUGUAAAGUUAACUGGAGAUCAAAUAAUACUAGCUAAAACACAAAAUGUCAUAUGAAGUAAUUUACUUGAAAAAGAACUACUGAGCAUACGCUAAAGUUCUCUAAUACUGGUUUCUUAGAAUGUUUAACACUGUAUACUUUUGUUUUUCUCCAGCAUUUCCCAUGCACUUGACCUCAAGGAACAUCUACAGAAAAGAGCAAAGGACCUUGGAGUAGGAAUCAAACGAAAGGUAUUUGAUUGUUGUUUUUAAGCUGAAUUGCUAAACCAAAAAUCCAGGAUCAAUAAGCCUGGAUAUGCAUGACCACUGUGAAUCCACACAUUCUUGUUUCAUAUGAGCGGCAAAACAAACCAUUGCUUAUUAUUGUGUGCAAACCCAGAAACUAUGGUUAAUCACCAAAGCAAGCCAAAAAACAUUGCUUAAUAACCUGGCUUCUUUUGAAGCUAGUUUCUAGGUUUGCUCACAAUGGAAAGCUGUGCUAACAAUCUUGGCUUGUUCUGCCACUGGUAGGAAGGAAGGAGCAAAGUAGUAGGAAAUGGGCUGCAUGAUGAUGCACAUCACUUGUGUAUAUUCCAGAUUUAAGUCAGGAUUUUUGGCUUGGCAUUAGUGUUCAAAUGCAGCCAAUGGUGCAUUGUAUAAUGAUCACCCUUCCCUUCUCUUUCAGUUAUGCUUUGCUCUUAGUAUGCUUGGUAACCCUAAUGUUACUCUAUUAGAUGAGCCAUCUACUGGUAUGGACCCUGUAGGGAUACAGCAGAUGUGGUGAGUAACCCCAGAUAUCAUGGAGGCUUUAUGUGGAAAGCAAUAUCACAUGUGUGUGUGGCUUAUAACCAUGCUUUGCUCAUUAUCUCUCUUCUGCUUCUGAACAGUAGGCUCAGUCUUUUUGCAUCUUUACAAUAUACAUAUCUUGAAGAUACAUGCUUAGAUAAUCUAUCCCAUAUUAUUGGCUGCCUUCCUAUUAAUGCUAUAGGUGUAUUCAUUUAUAUAUAUGACAGAUGUUAGCAGGGCUAAAACAAACCUUCUCCCCUGAAGAGUUUACGGUCAAAAUUGGGUGUGGCAUAGGAGAACACUAUUAGCUGAUCCUUUCCACCCUCUUUGCUGUUUCCUCUUUCAUGUUGACCAGGCAUAGGCAAACUCGGCCCGCCAGAUGUUUUGGGACUAGAACUCCCAUUAUCCCUAGCUAACAGGACCAGUGGUCAGGGAUGAUGGGAAUCGUAGUCUCAAAACAUCUGGAGGGCCGAGUUUGCCUAUGCCUGAUGUUGACACACAGUAGCUUUGUUCCCACUGGCUGUCCUUUUUCUUUCACAGAACUUCCAUGGCACCAGCUGCAUGUCACGACUAAGCGCUCAUCCAGACUGCCUUUUGUGCCAUGUUUCUAAGGCAUGGGUUUAAAGCUCUGAGCGUGUCCUGGCGCUUUCCCCAGGAAAGCCUGCAUUUCACCGCUGAAUCAGAACAAAGGGCAACUGGGUUUUCCGUGAAUUGCCAUUUGCUCCGAUUCAGCAGUAAAAUGUUGGCUUUCCCAGGGAAAGCACCAGGACAAAAAACAAAGCAAAACGCUAAGACAUGGGCCUUUAAAAGGCAGGCCUAUAUCUGGAAAGUGCAACAUAACAGGAAGUCUGGAUGAUCCCUAAAUGUAAGAGGGAAUGUGAGGAGAGAAUGCAUUUGGUGGCUACUCACAGUAUACCACUGCCUGUACAUUUCCCACUCACUUGCGUAAGAGCCAACAAAAGAUCUUAUGCCCUUUAUAUGUAACUGCACACCGAAAGAGCAACAAUUUAUAACUUAUUCACCAUAGGAAAGCAAUUCGGGCAGCCUUAAAAAGUAAGGAGAGAGCAGCUAUUCUGACAACUCAUUAUAUGGAAGAAGCAGAGGCUGUGUGUGAUCGAGUCGCAAUCUUGGUGUCUGGAAAAUUAAGGUACUUCCUUGGCAUCUUGAGUGAAGAAGCUCAGAUUUUUAUUGUUAAAAACGAAUUUAAUGCCAAAAUCUAUUAUUUUGUUUGCCUGUCUCUCUCCCCCAAAACUGAUAGGUGCAUUGGUACAGUUCAACAUCUCAAGAGUAAAUUUGGCAAAGGAUAUUUCUUAGAAAUGAAAUUAAGAGAAGUGCCGGAUUUACAGCAGAAGGAGCGUCUUCAAAGGAUGGUUUUGCGCAUCUUUCCAAACGCAAGUUGCCAGAAAAGGUAGAAAUCAAUAGUUGACGUUUCUGAGCAUUAAAAAGAAAAAGUGCUUACCAUUCUUUUUUCAAGCAAUCAUUUUAAAAAUAAAAGCAGAGAGAAAAUAUUACAAUUAUAAGAAAAGAAAACACUAUUGCCAAAAUGUAUUAGUUUUCUAUGAGAGCUCUUGUACACUUUGGGCUUUGAGUAAUGCUUACUAGAGAAACAUACCUUAUAGACCAGAGGUUCUGGAAAUGUGGUCCAAGGUCCACCAAAGCAACUGGCAUAGUAAAGCAACCAGCAUUCUCCUUGUCUAUUUUGCUAUCAUUUACCGAGCCAUAGCUGCAGAAGGCAGGAAGCUGCCAUUCCUGUCAGCAUUUGCUGUGUCAAGGAUCUGUCCAAGCAUGGAGUUAAUUACCCCCCACCCGCUUCAGCUUGGCUGAAUCACUCAUUAUUAUUUUCUUGAUGUGAUGGGAGCAGAGAGGUGCACAUCUAAGACUGCUGCUGAUUUAAGUCUCUCCUCAUAGUGUUCAAGUGAAAGAACCCUGAAUUACAGUGGUACCUUGAGUUACAAACUCUGCUAAUCUGGAAGAGUUACCUCGAGUUGAGAACUUUGCCCCAGGAUGAGAACGGAAAUCGUGUGCCAGCAGCAAGAGGCCCCAUUAAGAACAGUUUCAGGUUAAGAACGGACCUCCGGAAUGAAUUAAGUUCGUAACUAGAGGUACCACUGUAUUGCUAUGGUUAAUCAACACAUUUUCAUUCUCAAAAUAGAUGGAACUUGGUACAUGGAAGGUUUCAUCAGUGAAUGCUUUGGCAACUAGGCAAGCACCUUGAAUGCCUCCCUCUCGUAUCAUCUAAAUACCUUCCUAUUAGAUAAAACCUCUAGUUUGAUUCAGAGUUAUUGUACCUGUUUGGCUACAUUGUACAAAAUGCUUAACUCCUGCAACUUUACUCCAAGCAAUUUUGUGAUUCUCAUUUCUGCUUAGUUGUGGUGGUAUGUACUUGUGUCUGUUUUUUGUGUGUUGCAGCAUUGCCUCUGUUUUGGCUUACAAAAUCCCAAAGGAAGAUGUCCACUCGCUUGCAGUAUCUUUUUCUAAACUGGAGGAAGGUGAGGCAACAAUUUACUAAGUAGAAUCUUCAUCACUGGAUUCUAAGUUAUCUAUCCAAAUCUCAUAGUAAUCUGAAUUCACCCUGCCAAACUCCCACAUUGUCCCCAAACACUAUGUAAACAACACAUUCCUUUAUCCAAACGUUAGAUUACCUACAAGCUUUUAUCAUCUCCCAGGCCAUUUGCCUUGGUGCAUGUGUCACCUUCUUCCCUUGCUUUUGUGAGGCAUAGUAAAGUCAGAGCAUUUUAAAGAGGCACAGGAUUGUCUCCUGAGAAAUAAACUUGCCAUUCCCUUAGAGCCACAAGGUAUGUUUGACAGGCUGCAGUGUCCUUAAACAUUUAAAUCCACUGCACUACAACUUGACAGUGGCUUUCCCAUUGAGGACAGCUGGGUUCCUGCACCCUGUUAUGGCCACUUCUGGCCAUACUGAUUUUAGUUGAUUGUGUGUAUGUAUUCUUUUGAUGCCUAUGAUUGUAAAUACUUCUUUUUAACAUUUCUAACAGCAAGACAUGCUUUUAAUAUUGAAGAGUACAGCUUUUCUCAAGCAACACUGGAACAGGUAAUUUAACCGUUUUUCAGGAACAGAGCAUGCCAGCCCUAGAAAAUAAGUUUGAAAUGCGGUGUCUCCAUUUACAUUUCUUAUAUAAAAUUGUCAUUUUAUAAUUCAUAAAUUAGUUACAUACCUAAUUAUGUUUUGUCACAUAGUGGGGGGUGUCGUCGGGAAUUGAUCCCCCAGAAGAAAAACCUCUAUGUUUACAUGUACAGAUUAUUUGUAGUAUAGCACUGUUGACUGGUGGAGAUUUAGAAACCUAUACUAGCUUAGAGCACUAUUCUGCCUAUAGGACUAGGCAGAAUCCAUGUAUUAAUUCAUGUUUCUUAUUCAUUUUAGGUAUUUAUGGAACUUGUCAAAGAGCAAGAAGAGGAAGAGAGCAAUUUUGGAACCCUAAAUGGAACAAUUAGUUGGGAAAGAUCCCAGGGGGAGAGAGUUAUUUUCUGA